AUGGGCGAUUUUUCAGGCGGCUUAAACGGCCUGAUGACAUGCUUUCCUGGAAUAUGUGCGGCAGUACCGGGGCCAGGCAGCCCUUCUAAGGAGCUCUGCUUUGGUGCUGCUGUCCUGCUGUAUCUGUACCGCUGCUAUGGAGGUACCACUACCGCUACCGGGGGUCCGGCCAAACUCACACCCGCUACGCCUAUAGGCUGUGGCUUGCUCAGGGGCAACAGGGUUCUUAUGACAGACAAAUGAGCUUGCAGGUAUGUCGCUGCUGACUUUGAAACUAGUACUGUGGUGUGUUGUCUGUCUCUCUCUCUCUCUCUCUCUCUCUCCUCGUGCUCUUUUGCUCUCCCUCCCGCUCUCUUUCAGUUGCUUGGACAGCCACAGUUGCUUGCAUUUAACCUUACUUAUAACGCACAUUUAAAGUUACAACAGGGAACACUGUGUGGAUUUCAGUACAGUUCCAGUUUUUUCUGUACUGUUGCACAAUCAUGGCUGCAGUGCACGGUGCCUGGUUUUUGCUGUUGUUGAUGAUAUACGGUAGGUUAGUUGCUUGCACAAAUGUGCUCGCUGCCUACAAAUAGAGUUGGAGAAGAACUUCAGCAGCCCCUGUUAGAGAUUGUGUGAGUCAUUUUCUCCCUUUCUAUCAUUCCUCAUGUUCAGGACUGACCCAGUAACCAGAGCACUGGGACUGCAUGCUUUUCCCCUCUUUAGUUAACUCUAUCUCUAGUCAAGACUCAAUAACAUUUUAAAGUGGUAGUGUGACGAUUCCUUUUUAUUGAAAUCUCUUAUUUUCAUAGUAGACAAUAUGGAUGUAGAAUGGAUCUGUUUUUGAAAUAGUAGUAGCUCAUAGUUAUUGCGUUAAAAGUAAUUGCCAUCCAAUUGUACAUUGGAGAAAAGCAUACAAAAAAAGUAUCCACAUUACACUUGUAUUUCCAAAAUGGCUGUCUCGCCACCAGACCUGUUGUGUGUCUCUCUCCUUGGCUGCCUGCAUGGCCAUGCGGCAUGUUGAAAUGGCUGUGCGGCUUCUGACUGGAAUGGCAGUUAUUUCAUGAGGUGGCAGAGGCUGCUGACCUUCUCCUCCAGCCACGUCCUCCAGGGCCAAAGGGUUCGUGUGCGUGCGUGUGUGUGUGUCAUGGAGUCGUAAAGGUGACCUAGACAGGAGUUCAGUUCAACGAGCUGGAACCAAAUCCCUGUGAAGUUUACAUGGAAAUUACUACCCUCAAUAAAAGCCAUACGGAUGUUACUCUCUCGUCUACAGCAAGUGGCAGGCUUUUACACUCACUCACACAGAUGGCAGGAGAAGAAGUGGAGAAAUAUACAUUGCAGACAGUUGAAAAUGUUAAUUUUAGGGAAAUCAGUCAGUGCUAUUCCCACGUCUGUCUUUAACACUACUCUCAAUAAUGCUUCCUUUUGUUGUACAUGCUAUGGCAAGAAGAAGUGGUUUCUCUCCCUUGUUUUUUUCUUCAUCUUAAUCGCUUGGCAGCAGUCAAGCAGAUCCCAUUAGCUUUGGAUACUGAUGCGAAGAGAGCCAAGCCUUGCCCUCAACCUAAAUGUCCAGGUGCCUACUUGGCACAGUGAACUGGAUCCUGGAUCAUGGCAUGCAGGUUAAGAGUGAAUGAGCCACUGUUUUUGAGUCAGACCUAGGUUCAAAUACUAUUCUUUCAGAUACUUUGAGCAUUUGCUCUAGCCUGCCAGGAGUGCCAGAUGGGUGGGUUUUGCAGUUUUGGGACUAUUCUCUUUGUCCAUUAAACCAUGCAAGCUCAAUAAAGCACUGAUAAAGUAUUAUACAUUAUUUCAAAUAGUAUUUAAACCCAGGUCUGGAGUGCAGUGCAGGACAGACAUUCUAGUAAAAUGUCUAAUUGGAUUAGCCUAUUGGCUCAUAGGAUUGUAAAAGGUCAAACCAAACUGAAUUGUAGUUAAGUGGGUUAGAUGGCUAGCUGUAGAUAGUAGUCAAGUAUUUUUUCUCUUGGCGAAGAAACCAAAUCAGACUGAAUUGUAGAUGGAGAGUGUUUUCUGAAAGGGUUAUUCUGUUUCCCCCCAUUGAAGUCAAGGUCAUACCAAACUAAAUUAUAGGCAGACGAUUGUAUAGCUAGCGGUAGAUAGUAAGUAGUUGGGUGUUUUUGAACAGUCUAUUCUAUUUUAUUUUAGUGUUACUUUUUACCCCUUUUUCUCCCCAAUUUCGUGAUAUCCAAUUGGUAGUUACAGUCUUGUCCCAUCGCUGCAACUCCCGUACGGAUUCGGGAGAGUCGAAGGUCGAGAGCCAUGCAUCCUACGAAACACAACCUCGCCAAGCCGCACUGCUUCUUGACACACUGCUCGCUUAACCCGGAAGCCAGCCGCACCAAUGUGUCGGAGGAAACACCGUACUGCUGGCGACCGUAGUCAGCGUGCAUGCACCCGGCCCGCCACAAGGAGUCGCUAGAGCGCGAUGGGACAAGGACAUCCCAGCCGGCCAAACCAUCCCCUAACCCGGACAACGCUGGGCCAUUUGUGCGCCGCCUCAUGGGUCUCCCGGUCGCGGCCGGCUGCGACACAGCCAGGGAUCGAACACGGAUCUGUUGUGACGCCUUAGACCACUGAGCCACUCGGGAGAUCCCUGUUCCCUUUUCUUAUUGCAGUUUGUUGAUAACAGUGACUAUGUGUGUGUGUGUGUGUGUGUGUGUGUGUGUGAUCCCUCUGAUGCCCCAUUAAAAACUCCAGGGUAGGAAAAGGCUUGGGGUUCAGUCAUUUUAACUCGAGCAGCGCUAGUGAAUCAGCUAAAACAGAGCAAGGGAGAGGGGGGGGGGGGGGGACUGAAAAUAUUCAAAAAGCUAAAAAUCUAAAAACAUGGCAAACCACAGGGCUCCAUUGAGUUUUGGAGAACAUCUGUAGUGUGGAAGGCAGCACUGGAAGCACUUGAGCAGAAUGGGGAGAGAAGGCAGGAAUGCCAUUGUGGUGCGCAGACGGCCUCCAAAACAAAUGCAGGACUAUUAUAGGAAUAACUGUAAUAGUGAACUGAAACGUUUUAAAUAGAGUGAAACAGGGAGGUAGCCUAUAACCUGAAUUUUUCUUGUUGCAAAUGUGUUUUGUUUUGCUGAACACAACCCACGUCUACUUGGCCAAGUGGUCUCUAUAUUAUGUUCUGUCUGUAGAGGGAGCCCACCCCCCAAUGUCCAUCUUCAUGCAGUCAAACUCAUCCUUUUCUUGUCCCUCUUUUUUUAAAAUGCUCUCUCUCUUUCCUUCCUUCCUUUUCUUUUCUCUGACUCAUUCCUUCUCUCCUCUGCUCACCAUUGGGUUUUUGACCUUCCUUGGCCCCAUCUGGUAGCAGCAUGGGAUGUUUGGUUUGGCAUAGCCAGACUUGUUCCAGCACAGCACUUUCGUGGAUCAGGCAGAGGGGGAGGGAGUCGGUGGUAUCCCUUGCCAGUAAUGAUGAUAAAGAAUGUUGCUCUAUUCUCAAUCACUCUGCUGGACUUGCUUCUGACCCAGAUCUGCGUCUGACCCAGGAGUUCUAUUAUCUAGUAUCUACUGUUGUUAGUGAAUGCAUCGAAAAGGAUUACCACUUAAUUUGUAUGCUUAUGUUUUAUGAACAUUCACUAUGUGAAAUAUACACACACACACACUGAGUAUACAAAACAUUAAGAACAUCUGCUCUUUCAGUACAGUUCCCUUAUUGAUGUCACUUGUUAAAUCCACUUCAAUAAGUGUAGAUGAAGAGGAGGAGACAGGUUAAAGAGGGAUUUUUAAGCCUUGAGACAAUUGAGACAUGGGUUCUGUAUGUGUGCCAUUCAGAGGGUGAAUGGGCAAGACGUGUGCCUUUUGAACGAGGUAUGGUAGUAGGUGCCACCCAAAGGACAUCCAGCCAACUGUGGGAAGCAUUGGAGUCAUCAUGGGCCAGCAUCCCUGUGGAACGCUUUUGCCCCGACGAAUUGAGACUGUUGUGAGGGCAAAGUUUGGUAUAGUAUAAACAAAAAUACAACAUUAAGAUCCUUCUCAUCGGUGCAUCAUCAGUUCAUCAGUGUUGACUUUUGUAGCCAAAAGUUAUAUUGAUUGGUGUCUGCAAAAGAAAAGCUUGGUUUGUACAGUAUCUGCAUUCAUGCUGUAGGCUAAUGUGAUUACUAAUUAUCAUGGGCAAUCGUAAUGACUUGAAUGAUUGAGUACAUGAACUCUGCUUUCUCUUAGUCGGGUCGUGUUGGGGUGGUUGUGGGUUCAGGACCCGGACACCCUCUCACUCACCCCAUCUAUUUCACUGUAAUUCUCUUCAUUUAGUCAUCAUGUGAGGCUUUUGAUAUUCUACACAGGCUGACUUCGGGGGGAACAAUGGCUUGUAUUGUACUUAUUUUGUUUGUGUGUGUGUGUCAUGAUCCUAUGGACACUCUCUUCAUGUGAAGAUCAUCAAAGGAGGUCAUAGUCAUAAUCUUAUCUACACUGGGUGCAUGACCAGGCUGUUAAACUCCACUCCACUUUCCCUCUGUCUGGUUCCCUUUCUUCUCUUAUCUGGUUAGCUAGCUUUGAGGAAAUUGGACUGCCCUGAUGGCGGGGGAAUAACCCUAGGGCAGUUAGGCUUAUCACAUUAUGACAUUGUACUGUUGUUCACUUAGUGGGGCAGUCCGUCUGCUCUCUCUUUUAGUCUGAAGAAUUAAGCAGCAGACCACUCCUGCAUCUUUCACAGUGAACCUUUAGCAUCUUUCACAGUGAACCUUUAGCAUCUUUCACAGUGAACCUUUAGCAUCUUUCACAGUGAACCUUUAGCGUCUUUUACAGUGGUCCUGUAGCACUCUUCUGUAUGCAUGAGGGGUCAGACAGUGUGAGGCUGGGCAUUUGCUGCAACAGUAAAUGUAGGUGGAUGGACAGAUGGACUUAACUGUUGUGUGAUUUGUAGCUUACCUUGGCUGGAGAGUGCAUUAAUAGGCCAUGAAAUAGACCAUAUGUCGCUCUAAGGUUGAUGUUGUGAUUUAUAGGACAGUCAGUGUAUUGCUUUGAUAUUUUCUUGUCAGUGUCUGUUAUUUUUCCUUCUGAAUCCUUAGUUUCCUAAAGGGUAUUUAUUAUUCUAGCACACCACUAUUGUGUUGUUGUUGCCUUAAAGGGAUGUGGGUCAUGGCGUGCAGUUUUAGCUGUGUGCCUCAUUAGCCCCACUCAGUCAGUCACUAAAUAGGAAUUCAAACACGGCCAGACUUUCAAAACGACAUGAAUGAGCAGUGGGCUGCCUUAAGGUUUUGUUGUAAACUUUCUGGCUCAGGUUGAACUCCAAGUGAGGUGCUAUGCGUCAUGAUGAGUUUGCUCUCUGUCUGACAUCAUGAGAGUUGAGAGAAUCUCCCUAUAUGAUAACUCAACUCAAGAGUUGGCAGGUAUAUGUUUACCAAUUUAAAAUAAAGUCAGCUAAAAUGUGUAUAUCCUUGUGCUGUUUUUUUCUAGCAAAUAACACGACCCUCACAAGAAGAAAAGUCAGACGACAAAAUCGAAGAGGAGAAAUCGGAGAAGUCAGAGAAAAAAGAGGACGAGCAGAAUAAGGAAGAGGAAGAGAAAGAUGAAAAGGAGGACUCCAGGUGAGUUUUGAAUAGCUGUGUGUGUGUGUGUGUGUGUGUGUGUGUGUGUGUGUGUGCAUAUACACUUGCGUAUACACGUGCACAUGGGUUUCCCACAGGUACUGCUGUUAGAGCCCUAGCUAGAGUCAGCCUUGGUCCUGACCCCCCUCUGACACUUUUAGGGAGAAUCUGUACCUCGCAGUAAAUUGUAGCUUUCAGUUGAGGCAACAGAACUUCUGGAGCCUUGUCGCAGGGAUCAGCAUCCCUCUUAGAUGUGUUGUAAAUCAAGCCAGAGCGAGACGGAGCCAGAGAGUGAGAGACUGAGAGAAAGCGAGAGGGAGCGAACCACUGCCGUUCUCUGGCGUGAUGGCCAGGCUGACCAUAACACCCACUGACUGAAUGCUGUAGUUUAAAAAACCCAGGCAGAAUGGUAUUUGAAAUGCUCCCUCAAGGACUAAAUGGAAAUCAGACCUUGUCUACUGACUCUGCUCUUCAGGGAAGGAAGGUACUCCUCCCUCUCAGACCUGGCCUAUGUUUACUUCUUUCUUACAAACACUCUCUGGCUCUUUCUCAAUUCAUCUUUCCUUGAUUACUCGUGUCCCUCUCUCCCUUGGACGUUCUCCUCCAAUGAAUUUUGAGAUGGAGAAAGGAUGUGAGGAAUCAAGGAAUUGCGAAUUGAGAAAGAGCUGACUCUGAGAGGGGAGGAGAGGAGAGCGUGGCGGCCAUCUUGGCCCCAUAACUCUAAGCCAGUAGCCAGAUGACUUCCUGCCUGUUUACCCAUCUGGAUCCGUGGGCAGCAGUUAGUCAUGACUCAUGUGUCCUAACCAACCAUCAAAUGAGAAACGCAAGUGCCUGUAAAACAAACCUGCUAAUGAAAAUUGACUUUUAAAUCCAGUUGAUGGGACUCUGCAAAUGGCUUUUUCCUAAGCAUUCAUCUGUGCAAAACAAUAGGCUUGUACAGUUUAUGAAAAUGUUCAUUGGGUAGGAGUUAAAUAGAAUAUAAAACAAAUGAAUGUCAAAAUGUACCAAAAAAUUUAUAACAGUACUGUCAUUCAUGCUUUUAAACUGCAGAAUCCCCUUGACCCACAAUGUUAAUGAUGUGUUAUUGAUGCUAUGCUACCAGCCAUGCUAUGUUGAGGUUAAACCUUUUGCCCCCAUCUCCCCCAUUCAGGGACAUCGGCAAAGACAAAGACAAGUGUGACGGUGGGGAGGACGAGGACGGAAAGGAGCAGAACACGCCGCGCGGCAGAAAGACCGCCAACAGCCAGGGCCGGCGCAAGGGAAGGAUCACCACGCGCUCCAUGGCCAACGAGGCUGCCUCCGUGGCGGCCGAGGAACCACUGCCGCCGGCCUCCGCCCCUGAGCCUGCCCUGCCUCCAGAGCCUCCUCAGCCCCCCAAACCUGAGCCUACUACACAGAAGGCAGUGAGAGAGCCCACCAAAUCUGCACCAGGUGGACCCCCCAUGGACCAUAACAAAGGAGGUAAGCACCUCAGCCAUUCAACACUGUUUUAUUUUUAUUUUUAUCCCCUCUAAUUAUAUAUACAGUUGAAGUCGGAAGUUUACAUACAUUUAGGUUUGAGUCAUUAAAACUCGUUUUUCAACCACUCCACAAAUUUCUUGUUAACAAACUAGUUUUGGCAAGUAGGGCGGCAGGUAGCUUAGUGGGUAAGAGCGUUGUGCCAGUAACCGAAAGGUCGCUGGUUCUAAUCCCCGAGCCGACUAGGUGAAAAAUCUGUCAAUGUGCCCUUAAGCAAGGCACUUAACCCUAAUUGCUCCUGUAAGUCGCUCUGGAUAAGAGCGUCUGCUAAAUGACUAAAAUGUCAAUGUAAAAUGUAAGUCGGUUAGGACAUCUACUUUGUGCAUGUCACAAGUAAUUUUUCCAACAAUGGUUUACAGACAGAUUAUUUCACUUAUAAUACACUGUAUCACAAUUCCAGUGGGUCAGAAGUUUACAUACACUAAGUUGACUGUGCCUUUAAACAGCUUGGAAAAUUCCAGAAAAUGAUAUCAUGGCUUUAGAAGCUUCUGAUAGGCUAAUUGACAUCAUUUGAGUCAUUUGGAGGUGUACCUGUGGAUGUAUUUCCAGGCCUACCUUCAAACUCAGUGCCUCUUUGCUUGACAUCAUGGGAACAUUAAAAGAAGAAGAAAAAAAACCUCCACAAGUCUGGUUCAUCCUUGGGAGCAAUUUCCAAACGCCUGAAGGUACCAUGUUCAUCUGUACAAACAAUAGUACGCAAGUAUAAACACCAUUGGACCACGAAGCCGUCAUAGCGCUCAGGAAGGAGACGCGUUCUGUCUCCUAGAGAUGAACGUACUUUGGUGCGAAAUGUGCAAAUCAAUCCCAGAACAACAGCAAAGGACCUUGUGAAGAUGCUGGAGGAAACAGGUACAAAAGUAUCUACAGUGAGGGAAAAAAGUAUUUGAUCCCCUGCUGAUUUUGUACGUUUGCCCACUGACAAAGAAAUGAUCAGUCUAUAAUUUUAAUGGUAGGUUUAUUUGAACAGUGAGAGACAGAAAAACAACAAAAAAAUCCAGAAAAACGCAUGUCAAAAAUGUUAUAAAUUGAUUUGCAUUUUAAUGAGGGAAAUAAGUAUUUGACCCCUCUGCAAAACAUGACUUAAUACUUGGUGGCAAAACACUUGUUGGCAAUCACAGAGGUCAGAUGUUUCUUGUAGUUGGCCACCAGGUUUGCACACAUCUCAGGAGGGAUUUUGUCCCACUCCUCUUUGCAGAUCUUCUCCAAGUCAUUAAGGUUUUGAGGCUGAUGUUUGGCAACUCGAACCUUCAGCUCCCUCCACAGAUUUUCUAUGGGAUUAAGGUCUGGAGACUGGCUAGGCCACUCCAGGACCUUAAUGUGCUUCUUCUUGAGCCACUCCUUUGUUGCCUUGGCCGUGUGUUUUGGGUCAUUGUCAUGCUGGAAUACCCAUCCACGACCCAUUUUCAAUGCCCUGGCUGAGGGAAGGAGGUUCUCACCCAAGAUUUGACGGUACAUGGCCCCGUCCAUCGUCCCUUUGAUGCGGUGAAGUUGUCCUGUCUCCUUAGCAGAAAAACACCCCCAAAGCAUAAUGUUUCCACCUCCAUGUUUGACGGUGGGGAUGGUGUUCUUGGGGUCAUAGGCCGCAUUCCUCCUCCUCCAAACACAGCGAGUUGAGUUGAUGCCAAAGAGCUCCAUUUUGGUCUCAUCUGACCACAACACUUUCACCCAGUUCUCCUCUGAAUCAUUCAGAUGUUCAUUGGCAAACUUCAGACGGGCAUGUAUAUGUGCUUUCUUGAGCAGGGGACCUUGCGGGCACUGCAAGAUUUCAGUCCUUCACGGCAUAGUGUGUUACCAAUUGUUUUCUUGGUGACUAUGGUCCCAGCUGCCUUGAGAUCAUUGACAAGAUCCUCCCGUGUAGUUCUGGGCUGAUUCCUCACCGUUCUCAUGAUCAUUGCAACUCCAUGAGGUGAGAUCUUGCAUGGAGCCCCAGGUCGAGGGAGAUUGACAGUUCUUUUGUGUUUCUUCCAUUUGCGAAUAAUCGCACCAACUGUUGUCACCUUCUCACCAACCUGCUUGGCGAUGGUCUUGUAGCCCAUUCCAGCCUUGUGUAGGUCUACAAUCUUGUCCCUGACAUCCUUGGAGAGCUCUUUGGUCUUGGCCAUGGUGGAGAGUUUGGAAUCUGAUUGAUUGAUUGCUUCUGUGGACAGGUGUCUUUUAUACAGGUAACAAACUGAGAUUAGGAGCACUCCCUUUAAGAGUGUGCUCCUAAUCUCAACUCGUUACCUGUAUAAAAGACACCUGGGAGCCAGAAAUCUUUCUGAUUGAGAGGGGGUCAAAUACUUAUUUCCCUCAUUAAAAUGCAAAUCAAUUUAUAACAUUUUUAACAUGCGUUUUUCUGGAUUUUUGUUUUGUUUUUCUGUCUCUCACUGUUCAAAUAAACCUACCAUUAAAAUUAUAGACUGAUAAUUUUUUUGUCAGUGGGCAAACGUACAAAAUCAGCAGGGGAUCAAAUACUUUUUUUCCCUCACUGCAUAUCCACAGUAAAACGAGUCCUAUAUCGAUAUAACCUGAAAGGCCGCUCAGCAAGGAAGAAGCCACUGCUCCAAAACCGCCAUAAAAAAGCCAGACUACGGUUUGCAACUGCACAUGGGGACAAAGAUCGUACUUUUUGGAGAUAUGUCCUCUGGUCUGAUGAAACAAAAAUGGAACUGUUUGGCCAUAAUGACCAUCGUUAUGUUUGGAGGAAAAAGGAGGUAGCUUGCAAGCCGAAGAACACCAUCCCAACCGUGAAGCACGGGGGUGGCAGCAUCAUGCUGUGGGGGUGCUUUGCUGCAGGAGGGACUGAUGCACUUCACAAAAUAGAAGGCAUCAUGAGGAAGGAAAAUGAUGUGGAUAUAUUGAAGCAACAUCUCAAGACAUCAGUCAGGAAGUUAAAGCUUGGUCGCAAAUGGGUCUUCCAAAUGGACAAUGACCCCAAGCAUACUUCCAAAGUUGUGGAAAAAUGGCUUAAGGACAACAAAGUCAAGGUACUGGAGUGGCCGUCAUAAAGCCCUGACCACAAUCCUAUAGAACAUUUGUGGGCAGAACUGAAAAAGCGUGUACGAACAAGGAGGCCUACAAACCUGACUCAGUUACACAAGCUCUGUCAGGAGGAAUGGGCCAACAUUCACCCAACUUAUUGUGGAAAGCUUGUGGAAGGCUACCUUAAAUGUUUGACCCAAGUUAAACAAUUUAAAGGCAAUGCUACCAAAUACUAAUUGAGUGAAUUUAUGACUCACUGGGAAUGUGAUGAAAGAAAUAAAAGCUUAAAUAAAUAAUUAUCUCUACUAUUAUUCUGACAUUUCACAUUCUUAAAAUAAAAUGGUGAUCCUAACUGACCUAAAACAGGGAAUUUUUACUAGGAUUAAAUGUCAGGAAUUGUGAAAAACUGAGUUUAAAUGUAUUUGACUAAGGUGUAUGUAAACUUCCGACUUCAACUGUAUUUUUUUUUACAAAGGUGCAUCUCAAACAGAUAAAGGAGGAAGAGAGUUUUACACUUACUAGGGUGGUUUACUAGUUUUGUGGUUAUGUGGUAUUUGCGGCAAUGGGACUGAGUAGAUAAUACAAUUCUACUCGAGGUAUUGAACCUUGGCUAUGGAGGUUUGAACGAGUGUGUGUGGCGCAGGGGUCUCCAACAGGUCGAUCGCCAGUUACCAGUAGCUCGCAGGCCACCUAUGAGUAACUCGCCAAACAAUUCUGAAAUACAUUCAAUUUUCACAUGUUCCACUGCAAACUGUCAUAAACAAAUCUCACAAGUAUCUAGGGGGGGCGCGAGGGGUCAGCAGGGGGGGCACACAGGGUAGAAUGCACAAGGUGCCAUUUCGAAAUUGGGUAGUGCAUCAACAGUUCCUCUUGUCAUGUUAGUCAUUGCAUACCUUAGAGAGCUAUUUAUGACUGUCAGAAAUGUCCAGAACAACUAGCCCAUGUCAGCUAACGUUUUUUUAUUUAGGUUUUUUAGCCCAUAGAUAUUGUAAUUUGUGUCACUCAAAUAUCACAUGAAUACACAUUAGGCAUACCAAAAUGUAUAAAAUUCCAAGAAAAUGUGCUUUAAACUUCAAAACAAUAUUUGCACCCCAUGACAAGCUGUGUAGAAUUGCAGGAAAUAAGCUUUAAACCUGCUAAAUUCUCUCCACCAACAAGAGGGGUGUGAACAGUUUGUGUAAUGAACAGUGCUUUUUCCCAUAAAAAUAGAUGUGGCGCACACGCGCAGGGGGGGCCCAGGGAUGUUCCCCAAUGCUGCAAGGGGUCCCCGAGUGGAAAAAGUUUGGGAACCCCUGAUCUAAUCAACGCAACAUUGACAUUAUCCCACCCCUGUUUAGCCACUAUUGGCUUAAAAAGCCAAACCUAACACAAUAUCUGCUAAUUAAUUUCAAGCAAGAUUGCCCCAUUCUGUCUGGCGCGGUUAUCUAUCACUCCAUGUAUAGCCAGUUGAUGUGAUAACCGUCUUGUGGGUGGACAGAAAUGUUUUCCCCAAAACGUUCUCAAUUAAAUGUUAACUGAAAAGUAGGCUUACCUGGCAGAAAUAUACAGUGGGGGAAAAAAAGUAUUUAGUCAGCCACCAAUUGUGCAAGUUCUCCCACUUAAAAAGAUGAGAGAGGCCUGUAAUUUUUUAUCAUAGGUACACGACAACUAUGACAGACAAAAUGUGGAAAAAAAAUCUAGAAAAUCACAUUGUAGGAUUUUUAAUGAAUUUAUUUGAAAAUGAUGGUGGAAAAUAAGUAUUUGGUCAAUAACAAAAGUUUCUCAAUACUUUGUUAUAUACCCUUUGUUGGCAAUGACACAGGUCAAACGUUUUCUGUAAGUCUUCACAAGGUUUUCACACACUGUUGCUGGUAUUUUGGCCCAUUCCUCCAUGCAGAUCUCCUCUAGAGCAGUGAUGUUUUGGGGCUGUCGCUGGGCAACACAGACUUUCAACUCCCUCCAAAGAUUUUCUACGGGAUUGAGAUCUGGAGACUGGCUAGGCCACUCCAGGACCUUGAAAUGCUUCUUACGAAGCCACUCCUUCGUUGCCCGGGCGGUGUGUUUGGGAUCAUUGUCAUGCUGAAAGACCCAGCCACGUUUCAUCUUCAAUGCCCUUGCUGAUGGAAGGAGGUUUUCACUCAAAAUCUCACGAUACAUGGCCCCAUUCAUUCUUUCCUUUACACGGAUCAGUCGUCCUGGUCCCUUUGCAGAAAAACAGCCCCAAAGCAUGAUGUUUUCCCCCCCAUGCUUCACAGUAGGUAUGGUGUUCUUUGGAUACAACUCAGCAUUCUUUGUCCUCCAAACACGACGAGUUGAGUUUUUACCAAAAAGUUCUAUUUUGGUUUCAUCUGACCAUAUGACAUUCUCCCAAUCCUCUUCUGGAUCAUCCAAAUGCACUCUAGCAAACUUCAGACGGGCCUGGACAUGUACUGGCUUAAGCAGGGGGACACGUCUGGCACUGCAGGAUUUGAGUCCCUGGCGGCGUAGUGUGUUACUGAUGGUAGGCUUUGUUACUUUGGUCCCAGCUCUCUGCAGGUCAUUCACUAGGUCCCCCCGUGUGGUUCUGGGAUUUUUACUCACCGUUCUUGUGAUCAUUUUGACCCCACGGGGUGAGAUCUGUAGCUCAGCUGGUAGAGCACGGCGCUUGUAACGCCAAGGUAGUGGGUUCAAUCCCCGGGACCACCCAUGCACAAAAAAUUAAUAAUGUAUGCACGCAUGACUGUAAGUCGCUUUGGAUAAAAGCGUCUGCUAAAUGGCAUAUUAUUAUUAUUAUUAUUAUUAGAUCUUGCGUGGAGCCCCAGAUCGAGGGAGAUUAUCAGUGGUCUUGUAUGUCUUCCAUUUCCUAAUAAUUGCUCCCACAGUUGAUUUCUUCAAACCAAGCUGCUUACCUAUUGCAGAUUCAGUCUUCCCAGCCUGGUGCAGGUCUACAAUUUUGUUUCUGGUGUCCUUUGACAGCUCUUUGGUCUUGGCCAUAGUGGAGUUUGGAGUGUGACUGUUUGAGGUUGUGGACAGGUGUCUUUUAUACUGAUAACAAGUUCAAACAGGUGCCAUUAAUACAGGUAACGAGUGGAGGACAGAGGAGCCUCUUAAAGAAGAAGUUACAGGUCUGUGAGAGCCAGAAAUCUUGCUUGUUUGUAGGUGACCAAAUACUUAUUUUCCACCAUAAUUUGCAAAUAAAUUCAUUAAAAAUCCUACAAUGUGAUUUUCUGGAUUUUCUUUUCUCAAUUUGUCUGUCAUAGUUGACGUGUACCUAUGAUGAAAAUUACAGGCCUCUCAUCUUUUUAAGUGGGAGAACUUGCACAAUUGGUGGCUGACUAAAUACUUUUUUUCCCCACUGUAUCAUGAGGAAGUAUAUAAUUUGUAUCUAUUAUUUGUUAUUUGCAAACUUUGCCAUGAAUUGAGCAGCAGCAGUACAGAACCAUCGCUAGACAGGCACAUUAGACGCCACAUUCCUCACUCACUAGAUGCACAAUUAAAGGGUCAGAUGCGUAAUUAAAGGGGAAUUGCAAUCAAUUAUACAUUUCUUAAUUUCCUUUCAGCCCUAAAAAGAAUUGUCUUCUGAUGUGAUUUAAUCAUUGACAUGGACUCAGAACAUCCAAUUUAAUUGUUUCUCUAUGAACAAUUGUAGUUUUGAUAGUGAAAAACUAAAAUCUUAUACCAUGAAAAAUUAAACUGAGUACAUAAUUAGGGAAAAUAUUACAUCUAAUUUUUGAAAGAAUCUAAGAUUGUAUAGGGCCCCCUUUUAGAGUUGAAGGGGUAGAAGAGAAGAGAAACAUUUUCCUAUUUGAAAGCUAGAAAAAAAAUUGUUUUUUCAAAGUAGCUCUCAUGCUAGAAAAGGUUGGAGACCCCUGGUGUGGAGUGGGAUGUGUGAACUGUGGCUUCAUGGUUAUGUUAUGUGAGAGACCAACUGGUGUGUGUUUUUCCUGGAAAGGUCCUGAAAUAUAAUAGCAUAGUGAGGAUGUCAUUAUAGGUCCCAGCUGUAGAAAAGGACGGCACUACAUGAGUGCCUAACAAGUCCCAAAGGUUAGGUAUGUAGCCGGCUGGUAUCCUAGCAGUUAAGAGCAUUGAGCCAUUAACCUAAAGGUCGCUGGUUCGAAUCCCCAAGCCGACUAAAUCUUUGAGCAAGGCACAUAACCCUAAUCACGCUGGAUAAGAGCGUCUGCUAAAUCAGUGGGUCCCAAACUGUGGGGCGCGUGAGGGGUCGGCCGGGGGGGGACUCGGCAUUUACUUUAAUUUUUUUUAAGGAACUCAGUCCGGCUUUCAACUUACUCUUGAAAGUUGUAAUAGUAGAAUGCACAAGGUACAAUUUAGAAAUUUGGUAGUGCAUCAUAAAUUUUCCUCUUGUCAUGUCAGUCAUUGCAUACCUUAGAGAGCUAUUUAUAACUUGUAAGAAAUGUCCAGAUCAACUAGCCCAUGUCAGCUAAUGUUUUUUUGUUAGUUUUUUUUGCUCAUAGGGUUAGUUGUGAUGUUUGAGUCACUCUAAUAUCACAUGAAUACACAUUAGACAUGGCAAAAUGUAUAGAAUUGCAAGAAAUUCUAACUGUGAACAGUUAGUGUCAUGAACAGUCCUUGUGCCCAUAGAAAUAGACGUGGGGGUGGGGGGCGCGCAGGAUCUUCCCUAAUGCUGGAAGCCGGGCCUGAGUGAAAAGGUUUGGGAACUCCUGUGCUAAAUGACUAAAAUGUAAAUGUCAUGCCGCUGAGCUGAAGCACCUCUAGCGUCAAGAAAAAACCCACCAUAUACCAUAAACACCCCCAUUUACCUUUACACACAUACGUGAUAGGAUAUGCACUUGCUUGCUUGGCAGUGGCCAGUUAAAACCUGGGGUCUGUUCAGAUAUACAUUUUAUUGUUUAUAACUACUAAGAUGGUCUGGUUGAAUAAGGAUUCAGCUCUGUUCAUUACAUUUAUAUCUGAAAUUUCACCUCAUUGAAUACAUCCCUGGUUCACCAGGUUCAGGUUGUUGUUAUUGUUGUUUUUGCUCCUCAACACAAUGCGAUAACUGGGACCUCGAUCUCUCGCUUGUGUAACCCAGCCAGGGGCUCAGUCUGAGUUAAGCCUAUACCCUAGUCAUCAUCACCAUGGCAAUAUAGUGUGGUGUCUAGGGUGGACCCAUUGACAUGGCUCCUCUCAGCUGUACCUCAGCCUAGUCCUUGUGCUGCUCUGAAAGCUUCUUUUGAUGUUUGUGUGCUGAGUGUCAGUCUGUUGUAGCCUCCCACUCUGUAUUUAUAAAUCUAUGUCUGCGUCUGAAAUGGCACCCUUAUUCUGUAUAGUGCACUACUAUUGACCAGAGCCCUAUGGGCCCCUAUUCCCUAUGUAGUGUUCUACUAUUGACCAGAGCCCUAUGGGCCCCUAUUCCCUAUGUAGUGUUCUACUAUUGACCAGAGCCCUAUGGGCCCCUAUUCCCUAUGUAGUGUUCUACUAUUGACCAGAGCCCUAUGGGCCCCUAUUCCCUAUGUAGUGUUCUACUAUUGACCAGAGCCCUAUGGGCCCCUAUUCCCUAUGUAGUGUUCUACUAUUGACCAGAGCCCUAUGGGCCAGGUCAAAAGCAGACCAUGAUAUAGGGAAUAGGGGGCCAUUUCGGUCUCGCCAUAUCUCUUCAAAGAGUCGGGCAAGAUUAAUGACCUGACCACCUCCCUGGAUCUUAACAGGCAUGAUGGGGGAAUGGGGGAAUGCCGGUGGGAUUAGGCGAACAUGUGAGUUGAGUGUGUCAUGGGACGGAAGCAGCGAUUCAACUAAUAUUCGUUGAGUAGAUUUAACAGACUAUAUAUGGCCCUAGACCAUUCGCUAGCAGCCGUCUAAACAUGGAUCUCCUCAAGAAAAAAAACUCCUAUAAAUGUCAGGGGUUCAUACUGCAGCUAAAGUGCCUGUUGAAAGUAUUCACACCCCUUGACUUUUUCAAAAUUUUGUUGUUACAAAGUGUGAUUAAAAUGGAUUUAAUUGUCUUUUUUUUGGUCAACGAUCUACACAAAAUACUCUGUCAAAGUGGAAGAGAAAUUCUAACAUUUGUAAAACAUUUAUGAAAAAUAAAACACUAAUAUAUCUUGAUGAGAUAUGUAUUCAACCCCCUGAGUCAAUACAUGUUAGAAUCACCUUUGGUAGCAGCGAUUACAGCUAUGAGUCUGUCUGGGUAAGUCUCUAAGAGCUUUCCACACCUGGAUUGUGCAACAUUUGCCCAUUAUUCUUUUCAAAAUUAUUUUCAAUUGGUUGUUGAUCAUUGCUAGACAACCAUUUUCAGGUUUUGCCAUAGAUUCUCUAGUAGAUUUAAGUCAAAGGAGGAUUACUUUAUCCUAUCCCAGGUAUUCCUUAAAGAGGUGGGGUUUCAAAUGUCUCCGGAAGGUGGUGAGUGACUCCGCUGUCCUGGCGUCGUGAGGGAGCUUGUUCCACCAUUGGGGUGCCAGAGCAGCGAACAGUUUCCUUCCUCUUCGGCAACUGAGUUAGGAAGGACGCCUGUAUCUUUGUAGUGACUGGGUGUAUUGAUACACCAUCCAAAGUGUAAUUAAUAAUUUCACCAUGCUCAAAGGGGUAGUCAAUGUCUGCUUUUAAAAUUUUUACCCAUCUACCAAUAGGUGCCCUUCUUUGCGAGGCAUUGAAAAACCUCCCUGGUCUUUGUGGUUGAAUCUGUGUUUGAAAUUCACUGCUCGACUGAGGGACCUUACAGAUAAUUGUAUGUGUGGGGUACAGUAGUCAUUCAAAAAUCAUGUUAAACCCUAUUAUUGCACACGGAGUGAGUCCAUGCAAUUUAUGUGACAUGUUAAGCAAAUGUUUACUCUUGAACUUAUUUAGGCUUGCCAUGACAAAGGGGAUGAAUACUUAUUGACUCAAGACAUUUCAGCUUUUCAUUUUGUAUUAAUAUGUAAAAAUGUGUAAAAACAUAAUUCCACUUUGACAUUAUGGGGUAUUGUCUGUAGGCCAGUGACAGAAAAUCUCAAUUUAAUCCAUUUUAAAUUCAGGCUGUAACACAACAAACACAACAAUGUGGGAAAAGUUUACACAAUGUCUAUGGGUCACAUGGAGUAGUGGGCCAGGGUUCACUCUCUCUCUCAGCCCCAGCCUCCAUCAGCCCAUCCUUCCAUAUUGAGUGUGUUGUCCUGUUCUGUGAAUUUGGCUGUGGGUGAAGGGGAGGUAGGGGUCAGUGUGGACAGGCUGAUACUGAGAGAGGCGUGUGUUUGUGGUUAAUAGUUAUGUGGCAGUGUAGCAGUGAGAGGAGUGGUUACUUAGUCAGUCUGGCUGUCUCUGUUGUCGGGAUAUUCUCUCCGUCUAUCUGUCUGUUUGUCUCUGUCCAAGGCCGUUUCCCAAGGAGGUGGAGGGUGGGAGGUGCGUCUCUCUACUUCUCCACUGUCUGGAGCCAGAUCAGCUGACACUGGGCCCUCCCCUUGCAAGGGAAAGAGGGAGGAACAGGAGGAGGAGGUCGUUCUAGUUGUGAGGGAGAUGGCGAGAGAACACGAGAGAAAGGGAGAGGGAAAGAGAGAGAGAGUGCGAGGUGCAGGCCUCGGCAUCGAGCCUCUGAAUGUAAACUGAUUAUUUUAUUAGCAGCCGUGAGAAGGAGACUGCUGAGAAGUGGACCGAGCUACACUGUACUAUCUCUGUGGGCUAAUAUGGAGCUUUCUGUUUUCUCUCUGUGACUUUAGCAUUAGGAACUGCUGCCACCGCGAACACUGAAACCGGUGAGACUUCUCGCUGGACCGAGGAGGAGAUGGAGGUGGCCAAAAAAGGUAGAGUUUUGUUUUUAUUUCUCCAUUUAUCGUUUCUCUCCCUCCCUCACUCUCUCUCACCCCCACCUUCAACCCUCUCUCUCUCUCUAGUUUGAUCUCUCUCCUCAUAAUUUGCUCCCACACAAGCUCUCACUCUCAGACACUCCCCUGGCUGGAGGAGGCUUUAAGGGGGAAGCAGGACGUAGUGGUUUGUGCGAGGAUAUUCUUUCUGGUAUCUAACUGCAGUUGCUCUGCUCUGUAACAGAGCGUGACAGUUUGGGCUUCCUCUAAAGAUCAUAUCUAUUAUUCACAAAAACACAGUCAGGCCUCUGGAUCAGGACUUAUUUUGAAGUUGCUCUACAUUGAAACCUUUUUUUAUCUAAAACAACUCCUUUUGAGAUUGAGCGUUUCAUUUCAUGCAGUUACUGAAUAUGGACGCAGCACAGCAUUUCAGCUUUCGCCAGUUGCGUCACACACUCCGUCCAAUAGUGAUUGACCCAUGACCCCAACCCCCAUCGGCCCAUAGCUACCUCCCAGCCAGGCCAGUACUCUAGCUUUGUCAGUGUAGACUAUGGUGGAGAGAAAGAGGGAGAGAGAGACUUAAGCCUUCCGCAUGCUUUGGUUUGGCUGGUGAUGAACACGCCUAGCUGAACACAGCUAGGCGUACCGAACGAGUGUGCUCACAUACUCCCUUAACCCCCUAUAGUCGAUUUCCGUGGUCCCUAAGACAUCUAAUUAGCAUAAUAAAACCGUCAAUUUAAGCUAAAGAUAUCAGUUGCAUUGGAUGCAUCUCAAUCCACUGCAUCCGCCGAUGUCGCACUUCCGCAUCUGCGGUUAAAGGUGUCAGAGCUAGAACAGUGUUUGUCAGACCAUGAGACAUCCCGAAAAUCCGUCUUCUCUCUAAAUUGUCUGUAGCGUCCGAACAGUUUGGCCUACAAACUAUGGAUAGAUGAGAGACUCAUUCUCACGAUGGUGUUCUCCAUUUUGCUCUACGACCCCCACAAGCGUCUUGGGACUCUUCUGAAGGGUACAGCUAAUCUGCCAACUUCUGUCUGUAGUGUCUGAACAGUUUGGGCUACACACUAAUAUGACCCACCUCUGGAAAGAUGAAAGCACGCCCACAAGCCUCACAAGACUAGUCUGAAGGUCACCCGGUACCAGUUUAAAAAAAUUAAUGGAAGUACAGUACCAGUCAAAAGUUUGGACACACCUACUCAUUCAAGGAUUUUUCUUUAUUUUUUACUAUUUUCGACAUUGUAGAAUAAUAGUGAAGACAUCAAAACUAUGAAAUAACACAUAUGGAAUCAAGUAGUAACCAAAAAAGUGAUUAGAUUUUAGAUUAUUUAAAGUAGCCACCCUUUGCACACUCUUGGCAUUCUCUCAACCAGCUUCAUCUGGAAUGCUUUUCCAACAGUCUUGAAGGAGUUCCCACAUAUGCUGAGCACUUGUUGGCUGCUUUUCCUUCACUCUGCGGUCCAACUCAUCCCAAACCAUCUCAAUUGGGUUGAGGUCGGGGGAUUGUGGAGGCCAGGUCAUCUGAUGCAGCACUCCAUCACUCUCCUUCUUGGUCAAAUAGCCCUUACACAGCCUGGAGGUGUGUUGGGUCAUUGUCCUGUUGAAAAACAAAUGAUAGUCCCACUAAGCCCAAACCAGAUGGGAUGGCGUAUCGCUGCAGAAUGCUGUGGUAGCCAUGUUGGUUAAGUGUGCCUUGAAUUCUAAAUAAAUCACAGACAGUGUCACCAGCAAAGCACCAUCACACCUCCUCCUCCAUGCUUCACGGUGGGAACCACACAUGCAGAGAUAACCCGUUCACCUACUCUGCGUCUCACAAAGACACGGCGGUUGGAACCACAAAUCUCAAAUUUGGACUCAUCAGACCAAAGGACAGCUUUCCAGUGGUCUAAUGUCCAUUACUCGUGUUUCUUGGCCCAAGCAAGUCUCUUCUUCUUAUUGGUGUCCUUUAGUAGUGGUUUCUUUGCAGAAAUUCGACCAUGAAGGGCUGAUUCACUCAGUCUGCUCUGAACAGUGGAGUGUAUGGGUGGUCCUCUGUAGCUCAAUUGGUAGAGCAUGGCGCUUGUAACGCCAGGGUAGUGGGUUCAAUCCCCAGGACCACCCAUACGUAAAAAUGUAUGCACACAUGACUGUAAGUCGCUUUUGAUAAAAGCGUCUGCUAAAUGGCAUAUAUUAAAUAUAUAUUAAAAUAAAUAUAUUAUAUAUAUAUAUAUUAAACAGUUGAUGUUGAGAUGUGUCUGUUACUUGAACUCUGUGACGCAUUUAUUUGGGCUGCAAUUUCUAAGGCUGGUAACUCUAAUGAACUUAUCCUCUGCAGCAGAGGUAACUCUGGGUCUUCCUUUCCUGUGGCGGUCCUCAUGAGAGCCAGUUUCAUCAUAGCGCAUGAUGGUCUUUGCGACUGCACUUGAAGAAACUUUAAAAGUUCUUGACAUUUUCCGGAAUGACUGACCUUCAUGUCUUAAAGUAAUGAUGGACUGUCGUUUCUCUUUGCUUAUUUGAGCUGUUCUUGCCAUAAUAUGGACUUGGUCUUUUACCAAAUAGGGCUAUCUUCUGUAUAUCACACCUACCUUGUCACAACACAACUGAUUGUCUCAAACAUAUUAAGAAGGUCAAGUCCACAGGGUAUAGGACCGAGGGAAGCUCUUAAAAGCUGACAUAUUUGAAAGGAGCACUUUUAUUCAUUGGGCUGCCUGACGUCGAGAGAUGGAGACAUGGUGUACAUGAAGUCUUUAGAUGCUGGCACAGUGUUCUGCUUUGUUUUACUUCAGCUUUGUUUAUGUUGAGUUUACUGCUGGAUGGGUCAGAGAGGGGCCUUCCCCCUCUUAUUCUUAUCUUUUUUUCUUAGAUGUUUUUUCCCCCCCAUUUUCUUGUAAGCUGUUACAGGGCUUGGACAUGUGAGGAGGGGGGGUGGAUGAUUUGUCUUGGUGUGUGGUAGUGCUGUAGUGGUGGUAGGCCACAUGAUGAGUACUAGGGAUCAAUCCAACUGCAACAAGUAAUAUUUGUGAACAACACAACUUAAGUCAUAGAAUAUGGGAAAAAAUGAAAGCCUUUUAAGGAAAGAUACUUGCUAUGAUGACUACUGUAAAACUAAGUAAGGGAUGUGAAGAGAUGUGUGUUUUAGGGUGGAUGGAUGAUGCGCAUGUAGUAUAGGUAUAUCAUACAGUACAUUUUCUUGCGAGGAACUAAAUGGGGCAACAGGAAUCCCAAUGAGUUAGUGUAGUUCAUGUUUAUUCCUGAGGAGACUGUGAGGAACUAUUACUAAAUAUCAUACCAAUCAUGAGACUGUUUUACAGUCAAAGAGCCUGAAGGACUCCUCACCCGAUACUUCGACGUGGAAGUCUCUAUACAAGUGACUCCAAACGUGACAAUAAAUGUCCUGUCAAGAGUGUCCUCUGUCUCCUCAUUCAUUUAGAUGGUGUUGUAAUUAGUCUUUGUCCUCUACUGGGCUCCAGUCUGAGGUGAUUUGUCAAAGUGCCAGUGUCCUUUAGCUCAACAGUGCAGUGGCGGAAGGGGGAGGGAGGAGAGACACCCGAAUGUCAAAGGCAAUCCACUGUCGGUCUUCCAGUCCAAUACACCUCUCUGAAAGCGCGGUCUGUCUGUCUUAAACAGUUUAUUAAGACUUCAUCAAAGCUGAUUGUUUGAUUAGAUUAGUGCUGGUCAAGGUGGGGCAGACUGGCAGGCCAUGGCAGCAAGGAUCAUUGGGACUGUGCAACUGGGCGUGUGAACAAGAGAGAUCAGUAGUUUAGGGUUUUACCAGGUGAGGUGGUGUCACUCAGUAGUAGGUUAAUGUUCAAUGAAUAAGCUAAAUCUGGGUCCGUUUUAGGUUCAGAUCCCAACCCAGUCUCUCUUCUCUCCUCUGCCAGGCCUUGUGGAGCACGGGCGUAACUGGUCAGCCAUUGCCAAGAUGGUGGGCACUAAGAGCGAGGCUCAGUGCAAGAACUUCUACUUCAACUACAAGAGACGGCACAACCUGGACAACCUGCUCCAGCAACACAAGCAGGUACAGCAAUACUCAACACAAUUCAUUAUCAGGGUUGUGUUCAUAAGGGCACACAACGGAAAACAUUUUAAAACAAUUUGCAAUGGCAAGCAAAAAUAAGUCCAGGGAGUUUAGUGCCUAAAGAAUACACCCGUGUUCAGGUACAAUAUGAAGUGGUUUGGUUUCUGUAAUCUCUAUAUCAGAACAUGCAUGUCUGUCACUAUCUUUCAUCUUUAAAUGUUAAACUAUCUUUAAUGUAUUUUCUGUAUUACAAACGAACGGGGAAGUUGAUGUAGUCUGUUCUAUAACGAUUUGUGUUUCUUCAGGACACCCGGCGGGCACGGGGUGAUCGGGACCCGUCUCAGAGCGAGAGCAUGGCCUCAGCUGACGACGACGAAAACCCAGAGGAUAGUGACGGUCAGUCAGAGAGAUGACACACACACUGACACACACACACCAGAGUCACACACCAUCCCUCUGUUUAUCCACAACAUGUGAAUCCUCACAUUCAGACACACGUACACUGUCUUCACAGCACAAAUACACACACAAGCAUAGUUAAAAAUUAGUUUGAUUGGUUUGAUUUAAAUUUGAUCUGAGGGAAUGUACAAUGCAGUAGUGAGUGUGUGAAUGAGAGAAAGAGCAAGGGAAAAAGAGACUGGAAGUUAGAGAAACGUCUCUCUCUGGAAGAGUGUUGAGAUCUGUAAGAGUGAGUCCACUUCAGAAAGAGCCUCUUGAACUUUGUCUUGUGAGAAUGAGAUUAGAAUUAAUGGCAAUGGAGACCCAGUAUUUUCUCAUUACUGUCUGUAGUUUUAAUGAGAGAGAAAAAGGGAUCAAAAGGAGGAGGAGGGAGAAAAGUGAGACAUAAAAGAUGUGAACUAAUUCUGACUGCUGGGCCUGGGUUAUGUAACUGUUCCUUGGCUUUGAAGAAUCAAGAAAGUGUGCUGCAUGGAGCGCUGAGUGCUGCUCCACUCUUUUGAUCUGCAGGGCCUUCCCGUCUUUCUCUCUUUCUCUCCUUUGCUAUCUUCCGCUUUCUCUUUACCUCUCUCCCGCUCUCUCUCUUCCUAUCCCCUCUCCCUCCACUCCAUCUCUCCCCAACUAUCUGCUCUCUUCCCAUCACCCUGUCUCUCUUUCUCCCUCUCCUCUGCCUCUCUUCACUUCCUCUAUCACUCUCUCCACUCCUAAAAGUCCUAAAAUGCCCUUGUCUUGGUUGUCGUAACAGGGCAGAAAGGGCCUGUUUUGAAUAUUCAAAUCCCUUGCUCUGCCAAGUAUGGUGAUAGGUUAAGGAGUUUGAAUCCAGAUUAAGUGUGGGACCUUUCUAUUUCGUCCUGGCCGUAAAUGUGCUCAUGACUUCCAUUGUUUAGGAGAGCCUUCUCUCCCCGGGUUUGUCACAGACCUAUCACUCACUGACUCUAGCUCUUGGCCAUCUCUCUCUCUCCCACUCUUUUGACUCCCUUCUCUCCAUAACCCUCACCCUCUCUCUCUUUCUCUCUUUUGGAGUGGAGUCCAUCUCCCUCCAGGUUUCGUCUGUGUCUGUGGUAAAGCAAAGUGAUUUAAUUGAGUUUAGCCCCUCACCUGACAGGGAGGAGGGAGGUAGGAGAGGCUUUCCCUACUCUUGCAGUCUCUCUCUCUCUCUCUCUCUCUCUCUCUUUGCCCCUCCUGAGGACGACCAACUAUGCAACAUGCUCCAAGGCAGGUGGUGUAGGGCUGGGGUGGGCAGAGGAUGAUGGUGGAGGAAGGGUUGCUGGUUGAUUGGUGUGUGUGGGGGUGUUGCUAUCUGUUAUGUUUAGUGGUGUCACUGAGUCACUGAAUGUCAUAAUGCUUGGGUCAUGUCAGUUUGAGAGAUUGCCUUAUCAUCUGGUUCCAGUGUACAAGAUAGUUGUAAAGUUGUGUCUACACUAUAGGAGGUCACUAUAUUAUGUGUUGAUGUUUCUGAAGCUCUCAUUGUCUCCCAAGGAAACCCAAACUGUCCUCAAGGCCUUGGUUGGUUGGUGUAACUGCCUGCAGAUUGCAGAGGGUCACUUGGUUGGGCAUAGCCAGGAAUGCUGGGGGGGAGGGGAUUAAAUAUUUGUCUUUUGUCACCUGACACCUGUGUCAGAGAUUUAUCUUGGCAUCGAUACGGUUUUUAUUAUUCACAGUUCAGGUUUCUUCUCUCCGUGGCAACAGUGCCACCAGACACAGACAACAUUGCAUCAUUGGUUUUAUGGUCUCCAUCUUUAUGCAUUUUAUAUGGUCUGUUUUUAUCUAUACCGCAUCUUUUUCAUCUUUUUAUCCAUUACAUUUCUGUCUGCUUCGAUCAGUAUGUUGCCCUCUGCCCAGGGUCAGUUCCUGUGUAUGCCAUGCAGAGUGAUUUGAGUGGGUCUUACCCAUGUCCUUUCCUGGUCUGUGUGCCCAUAAAGGUGGAGAGAACAGCUCAGACACAGAGAGUGCCCCGUCCCCGUCCCAGGCGGACCCCUCCAAGGCCAGAGGAGACUCCCAGAUGGGAGACAUUGCUGGAGGGUCAGAGAACCAGCGGUCAGAUCAGGACCAGGCCAGCGAUGGGAAGGGCCAGGAUCCGCCAUACGGGGAGCUGAGGGUCAAGCUGGAGAAGAGCCCUGAGGGAGAGGCCAGAGACCCUGACUCUCAGGAGGACCAGGACAGGGAGAGGGCCCGGGCGGCCUACGAGGGCCAGGUGCAUCCCAAGAGUGAGCCCCAGGAGUUGGACAUGAAGCCUGGGGGUGCUGAGGUGCAGGUGAAGGUGGAGCCUGACUCGACCAAGGAGAAGGGGGACAAUGGGGAGCAUGGGGAGAGAGAGAGGCAGAGGGAGGGGCACCACUCAGACAAUGACUCCAGCGCCACCUGCAGCGCAGACGAGGAUGUGGACACUGAGCCCGAGAGACAGAGGUGGGUCAGGGUGGUCAUCAUGGGGAUUCACACCUCUUGUUUCAGACUUUAAAAACAAAGGUAUUUUGAUUAAUUAUUAAGGUUGUAAAUGGUUGAUAUUAUUAGUGGUAAUUGAAUCGACUCCUUUCUCCUAACUCCUGUGAUCAUUACCUCGACUCUUUCUGAUAAGUAUGUCUCACCGUCUCUCUCCUCUCCUGUCUCCCCCUCUCUCCUGUGUCCUCAGGAUGUUCUCUAGUAUGGACAAGCCUUCGUUACUCAGCCCUCCUGGCUCAGUGCUGAUGUCCACGGCCAAACAGGCCCACCUCAACAUGCAGCAGCACCAGCAGCGCGCCGCUACCAUCCCGCCCAUGGUCAGUCACUAUAGCAACCCACACUUUUCUAUGAUCAGAUAUGCCCAUUCGGAGAGGCAGGCACACGGAGGCAGGCAAGAGGGUGAAAGCAUGUCUUAUUUAGACCAACCUACCCGUCAAGUGAGUCCAUCAUCCCCCGCACUUUUCCAACCAACCUGUAAAUCAAUCAAUCAAUCAAUCCAAUUGAUGGAUUCUUCUUUUGUCAUUGAAACGUCCAAUCAAUCAGUUGAUCAAUGUGUCAGCAGGGAUCUAAAUCAAUGAACUUGUGCCCAUCUGUUGUGUACCGGUAAUCUAAUCAUGCUAAUGUGCUGACACUGUCAAAUUGUUUUCUGAUGUCCCUUUCUUUCCCUCCAAUUGCUUCUUCUAUGGUGCUUCUGUCUCUCCAUUUAUAAUGGAUGAGGUCAGACAAACUGGAUUGCCUGUUUAAGCACUGGGGCCGAGAUUUGCGUGCAAAACACAAAAGCAGUCCAAUCUAACAACUGUUUGGGUCAUUUUUUACAUUUCAUUCAUCUAAUAAUGUACUUUACCCUUUCUUCUGGGAUGGUUUAAAGACAGGUGUUAGUACUAUUCUUUUAAUUCUGAAGUCCAAUCAACAUCUACUUCUUCUAGAUUGUAGAUAGAAGCAAUUCAGGGUUAGAGGACAAUGUAUCAGCUGCUCGCUUUACUUGUACAGAGCUUGUGUCCCCCUCCAGUCCUCCUCACAGGGGCGUCUCUCCUCGCCCUCCUCCUGUAGGUGGGUCCUUUCAGCACUGGUGGGAUGACAAUGGGAGCCCCCCUCAGCGGCUUCGCCAUGUUCCAGCACCAGAUCAAGGCGGUGCACGAGUCGGCCCACGCGGAGGAUAAACAGAGACAGGACCAGGCCGACCCUGAGCACAGCAGACAACCUCCCCACUGCCCGCGCUUCACUACCCGCAGCCCCACUGUACUGGACAGGGAGGGUAAGAGAGAGUACAUACACAUCUACACGCACUGGUAUCCCCCCUCUGAGCCCCUACCUACCUGAGCCUCUCAACCAACAGCAGCCUAUUUAUAGCCAAUACAUUUUUCAGUCCCAUUCACUUUCGUUCAGCAUCAAAAAAUGAAUUAUGAGAGGAGAGAGAGCCGGUUCAGACUGCUGUAGACUGAACCAGAACAAGAACAAGAUGUUAGCUGACCCCAUUUUACACGUGAUGCGAACAUGAAAGCUAAAAGCUCUGAUAGGGAAAGCUUGUUUUUCCUGAAAUGCCUCUGGGGGAAGGGAGGGAUUCCGCGGUCGACUUUUGAAGGAGCAUGACUUGAGUGUGUCAGAGCAGGACACAGUUAGUGCCCCCCAGGCAGACAGAGAAGUGGAUCCUAUUUUUAAAGGUAGAAGAGUCAUUCAGCCACAAAGGGCACAUUGGCCUAGCCUGUUUCCAAGUCUGAAUGGUGUAUUUUGUGUGAAGGGGGGAAGUCCGUGAUUAGACACCCAAAGCUUUUAUCACCUUUUUUAAGAGCUAAAAAGGUUUUUGGGUAGUCCCGCAAUGCUAUAUUUGAAGAAGCUUGGAAAUCGAAGUUCGUGUUAGAGCAGUAAGGCAGGCUGAGGGCUUUUUUUGUGUGUGAAAACUGCGAAUCCGUGCCAAGAUACUUGUCAAGUAUUAUUUUGUUGAUUUGAAAUGUAUAAUCAAAAUCGUCUCGGGUUGUAUUUCAUCUUCUGAUUGUUUGUCUAUUUGUGUGAGUCAUUUAUCUUGUGGCAGUGUUUUCAUUCAUAUGUCUCUGUUCUGUGUUGUGUUCAGGUAAGCCCUUCCCUUACAUGCCUUAUGAAAUGAAGAUGGCUCUGGAGCAGGAGGCCCAGUCUGGUCGGCCAGGCUCUCCCUACAGGCUCUCUCCCAGGGACAUGAGCAAGGCCUCUCCUCAGCCCAAUGACCCCAACGCCUCCCGCUACAGCGUGCCUCCAGGUAACUGCCCUCUGAUCUGUCCUCCCCCAUGUGGCCUCAGCUCUACCCUUCAGCUAGCCUGGUCCCAUACUGUUUGUGCAGUUGCCAACUCUUUUUCAAUUGGCUAAAGCUCUUACAGUACAGUUGUCCUUAUGUUUUCACCCCCCACCCCCCUACUCUUUCCCGUUUCUCUGUGAGUAGUUUAAGCUGUACUGUAGCUGGCCUUAAACAUCUAUCUGUCCCUAUCAUGAAUGAAUGUUAAUAUUACACACACAGAGCCUGGCUGCAGUAAGGCUUUAUCAGUAUUCCGUCAUGGACUAGCUUGUUUCCUUAUCUCUCAGUGUGAGCUGCCAGGAUGCUGACGUCUGUGCCUGCUGUAGGUACUCUCCCAGACAAAUUUAAAGUGCAGGGGCAUUGAGGGCGGGCAGACUGUCGGUAGGAAGGGAGCGGGGGUUGCUUCCUCAAGGCAGGUCACUCCCGGUCACCGUGACUCACUAACAGGGUAGAACGCAGACAAGCCAGAUAUCUCUCCCUGAGGCUGCUCCCACAGAUGUACAGACAGGCAAGCGGCAGGGAGGUUACAUCAGGUUUAGGUCAGCGCCAGCCUUUUAACUCUAGCUACCAGACUCACUGUUCUGUGUUUACUUCACGGUUUACUUCAGUCUGGGAAAUCUGCCUCAAAAUGUUAUCACCAUGCACUCAUAGAUGGGAGAUGGGCUGCUGGUGGAGCCUGUUUGUAAGAGUAGUGAAUGAUGCACUGGCUGAGAAUGAUAAACAAUUUUGCCUGAAUUUAGUUGCAGUACUAUACAGUGACUGAUCUGUGGAAACUGCAGAAAAUGGCACCAGAAUGUUUCUUUGAGAAUAUCCAUAAUAGACAUAAAUUGAGUUUUUCUGGGGGCUGAAUUUUAAAAAAAAUACUUUAACUUUUCAGUGCCUCUGGAUUUUCUAUUCUUGACACACUUUUUUGUGUUCUUCCCUUCUUCACCCUAUCCUAGACAAGUCUCAUGCUAAAUAAUCAUAUGAUCGAUGGUGUCACUUUCUAACUUUGAUUGUUUUUCUCUCCUCUCCUAGUGCUCCACCCAGCUCCCAACCAGGUGGUCCAGAGCCUGCCCGAUGGAGUCCGUGUGACUUUCUCCAGACACAGCCGACCCGCCAACAUUCCAUCUCCACCUCCACUCAUUCCAACCUCCAAACCCACAGACAAGCCUUCCUUUAUCCAGGGAGGCUCCAUCUCCCAGGUAAGACCCAUAUCCCUCAGGUGAGGGUUCAGAUUCAGCCAGCCCCCUGGUUAGGGCCACACAGGUGGGCACCCAGGGUAGUAGGUGUGGCUGAAGUGUUUGGUAUGUUCUAUUUGGUGAAAUGAUCACAUUCUUUUUUGGCACCAUUGUCUCUUUCUCAAUCAGUCAUACUAUAACAGUAUUUGUUGUGUGAUAAUGAUUUACUAAGAAACCUAUACGGCUAUUUGCCUUUGUAGCAGACAGUAGUCUGUAUUUAGUCAUGUUUACUAGCCAAUAUGCCAAAGAGCAAACUUUGGUACACAUCAGUUGGAUCCACCUUUAUUUUUGUACGUUGCACUUUCCCUGUAUUUCUCUGCUGUAUAAUUUCGAAAAAGUUUCAAGGUUUUCAGAAAUCCCAGUUGAAGGACUCCUGGAAUCAGGAGAGAACAAGCAGGGAGGGAAUCCUCCAACUGAAAUUUUGCAACCCUGACCUGAUUCUGACUUGUCUGUUCCUGCCAUUUCAGGGUACUCCUGGUACGUACCUGCCAUCCCAUGCUGUCUACGGUGGCCCAGAGGGUGCAAAGAGCUCAGUGGGCUCCAUAUCCCUGGGCCUGCCCAGGCAGCAGGACCCCACCAAGCCUGGUAAGACAAGCCAGUCUGGACGACACACACACCUCCUACCCACGUUCCAUUGUCCAAACUAGCAUACUACUUUCAAUACAUGCCCAAUACAUUUAUUCAUACUAAGUGGUAUGCUAGUGUGGAUACUGUCUAUCAUCAUCUAAUUUCCUCUCUCUGCUAUUAGAUUGGCAUGAGAGAGAGACAUAGGCAUAUUGUCAGCAUUUGAGCACAUUCAGACCUGAUGUCACAGUCCCAAAUGUCCCACUUCACUUGCCUUCCCUAACUGUCCCCUGUUCCCUCCCUCCCUCCCUCCCUCUCCCCAGUGUCCUACAUUAAGCAGGAGGAGUGUUCUCCACGUGGGCAGUCUGAGGGCCUCCUCUCCCAGAUGCAGUAUGAGGGGGUAGUCAGAGGUGUGUGUCUGUCUGUUUGUCCAUCUCACAAAGGUGUCUGUCUGUCAUCCUGUCUGUCCUUGCCUCCCGAGUGUUUCUUCUUUCACACUCUCACCAAAACAGUGCUGAUACCGACAGUGAAUACCCAGAAACCACACCUGUGUUCAAAUCAUAUUUGAAAUAUUUGAAAUACUCAAUGUUUGCCAGAUGGGUGGGGUUUGCAUUUCUGAGACUAAAGACUUGAAAUACUAUUUGAACCCAGAAAAGAGCUUUAUCGCAGGCUGAGUGUGGGAGAGAGCGAGAAGAGAAGAGUGAAGUGGAGGAGUCUGGCCUCCACCCUCCUUCCCUCCCUCCUGCCCUCUGUUUGCACAGACCUGACAGAAUGUGGCAUGCUGGUGAGGGAGGGAGGGAGAUCAGGAGGGAGGGAGAUGGAGAGAGACCUCACAAGCCCCAGUUCAAAAAGUACCUCCUCUCACCAGCAGUCCUCCUCGCACCUUCUCUCACAACUGACCUCUGGUGUGACAUGGGGGUGUGGUGUGGAAACCUCUGUCUCUCUCUUUCAGGCUGCAGCCCAUUGCUCUACUAUUCUCCCUGAAGUGUGUAUUUGUUCACUCCCCCACAAAGAUUUAAAAGCAUUGCAUUAGUGUAGCCAGAGUGUACCAUCUUACACCAAUUACUUUAAAUCCUUGAGAUGGAGUCAACGAGUGCAAACUUCCGGGAGAAUGAGGGAAAAUCAAAAUUAGACUUGAAUGAUUCUGACCAGGAAUAUAAUGCCAACAACUGUACAGCCCUCAUCUAUAUCCACACAUACAGUUGAAGUCGGAAAUUUACAUACACCUUAGCCAAAUACAUUUAAACUCAGUUUUUCACAAUUUCUGACAUUUAAACCUAGUAAAAAUUCCCUGUCUUAGGUCAGUUAGGAUCACCACUUUAUUUUAAGAAUGUGAAAUGUCAGAAUAAUAGUAGAGAGAAUUAUUUAUUUCAGCUUUUAUUUCUUUAUCAUGUUCCCAGUGGGUCAGAAGUUUACAUACACUCAAUUAGUAUUUGGUAGCAUUGCUUUUAAAUUGUUUAACUUGGGUCAAACGUUUUGGGUAGCCUUCCACAAGCUUCCCACAAUAAGUUGGGUGAAUUUUGGCCCAUUCUUCCUGACAGAGCUGGUGUAACUGAGUCAGGUUUGUAGACCUCCUUGCUCGCACACGCUUUUUCAGUUCUGUCCACAAAUGUUCUAUAGGAUUGAGGUCAGGGCUUUGUGAUGGCCACUCCAAUACCUUGACUUUGUUGUCCUUAAGCCAUUUUGCCACAACUUUGGAAGUAUGCUUGGGGUCAUUGUCCAUUUGGAAGACCCAUUUGCAACCAAGCUUUAACUUCCUGACUGAUGUCUUGAGAUGUUGCUUCAAUAUAUCCACAUAAUUUUCCUUCCUCAUGAUGCCAUCUAUUUUGUGAAGUGCACCAGUCCCUCCUGCAGCAAAGCACCCCCACAGCAUAAUGCUGCCACCCCCGUGCUUCACGGUUGGGAUGGUGUUCUUCGGCUUGCAAGCACCCCCCUUUUUCCUUCAAACAUUACGAUGGUCAUUAUGGCCAAACAGUUCUAUUUUUGUUUCAUCAGACCAGAGGACAUUUCUCCAAAAAGUAUGAUCUUUGUCCCCAUGUGCAGUUGCAAACCGUACUCUGGCUUUUUUUUGGCGGUAUUGGAGCAGUGGCUUCUCCUUGCUGAGUGGCCUUUCAGGUUAUGUCAAUAUAGGACCCAUUUUACUGUGGAUAUAGAUACUUUUGUACCUGUUUCCUCCAGCAUCUUCACAAGGUCCUUUGCUGUUGUUCUGGGAUUGAUUAGCACUUUUCGCACCAAAGUACAUUCAUCUCUAGGAGACAGAACGCAUCUCCUUCCUGAGAGGUAUGAUGGCUGCUUGGUCCCAUGGUGUUUAUAGUUGCGUACUAUUGUUUGUACAGAUGAACGUGGUGCCUUCAGGCGUUUGGAAAUUGCUCCCAAGGAUGAACCUGACUUGUGGAGGUCUACAAUUUUCUGAGGUCUUGGAUGAUUUCUUUUGAUUUUCCCAUGAUGUCAAGCAAAGAGGCACUGAGUUUGAAGGUAGGCCUUGAAAUACAUCCACAGGUACACCUCCAAUUGACUCAAAUAAUGUCAAUUAGCCUAUCAGAAGCUUCUAAAGCCAUGACAUCAUUUUCUGGAAUUUUCCAAGCUGUUUAAAGGCAGUCAACUUAGUGUAUGUAAACUUCUGACCCACUGGAAUUGUGAUACAGUGAAUUAUAAGUGAAAUAAUCUGUCUGUAAACAAUUGUUGGAAAAAUUACUUGUGUCAUGCACAAAGUAGAUGGCCUAACCGACUUGCCAAAACUAUAGUUUGUUAACAAGAAAUUUGUGGAGUGGUUGAAAAACAAGUUUUAAUGACUCCAACCUAAGUGUAUGUAAACUUCCGACUUCAACUGUACCAACUUCUCUGACUGUUGUCUUCCUUCUAGGAGGCCCAAUGGAUGGGGGUAUCAGCAGAGGCAACCCAGCCAGAGGAUCAAUCACACAGGUACAGUGGCUUGCGAAAGUAUUCACCUCCCUUGGCAUUUUUCCUAUUUUGUUGCCUUACAACCUGGAAUUAAAAUAGAUUUUUUGGGGUGGGUUUGUAUCAUUUGAUUUACACAACAUGCCUAUCACUUUGAAAAAAAAAUAAGACAAAAAUAAGACAAAAAAACAGAACUUGAGCGUGCAUAACUAUUCACCACCCCAAAGUCAAUACUUUGUAGAGCCACCUUUUACAGCAAUUACAGCUGCAAGUCUCUUGGGGUAUGGCUCUAUAAGCUUGGCACAUCUAGCCACUGGGAUUUUUGCCCAUUCUUCAAGGCAAAACUGCUCCAGCUCCUUCAAGUUGGAUGGGUUCCGCUGGUGUACAGCAAUCUUUAAGUCAUACCACAGAUUUUCAAUUGGAUUGAGGUCUGGGCUUUGACUAGGCCAUUCCAAGACAUUUAAAUGUUUCCCCUUAAACCACUCGAGUGUUGCUUUAGCAGUAUGCUUAGGGUCAUUGUCCUGCUGGAAGGUGAACCUCCGUCCCAGUCUCAAAUCUCUGGAAGACUGAAACAGGUUUCCCUCAAGGAUUUCCCUGUAUUUAGCGCCAUCCAUCAUUCCUUCAAUUCUGACCAAUUUCCCAGUCCCUGCCACCACCAUGCUUCACUAUGGGGAUGGUGUUCUCGGGGUGAUGAGAUGUUUGGUUUGCGCCAGACAUAGCGUUUUCCUUGAUGGCCAAAAAGCUCAAUUUUAGUCUCAUCUGACCAGAGUACCUUCUUCCAUAUGUUUGGGGAGUCUCCCACAUGCCUUUUGGCGAAAACCAAACGUGUUUGCUUAUUUAUUUUUUAAGCAAUGGCUUUUUCUGGCCACUCUUCAGUAAAGCCCAGCUCUGUGAAGUGUACGGCUUAAAGUGGUCCUACGGACAGAUACUCCAAUCUCCGCUAUGGAGUUUUGCAGCUCCUUCAGGGUUAUCUUUGGUCUCUUUGUUGCCUCUCUGAUUAAUGCCCUCCUUGCCUGGUCUGUGAGUUUUGGUGGGCGGCCCUCUCUUGGCAGGUUUAUUGUGGUGCCAUAUUCUUUCAAUUUUUUAAUAAUGGAUUUAAUGGUUUUCCGUGGGAUGUUCAAAGUUUCAGAUAUUUUUUUAUAACCCAACCCUGAUCUGUACUUCUAAAUAGGAAAAACGCCAAGGGGGAUGAAUACUUUUACAAGGCACUGUAUUACAAUAACAUUGCUUAACCAGUAUGUGUAUCCAAGCACCACCCUGUCUAUGGACAUCUAAUAGCACAGUUUUACUGUGAAUUAGUCUAAUAUUUUUGGAGCAGAUUUAUUUUAAUGAAAAGUUAAAAUAAACAUUAUUAUAAAACAGUUGUUGUUUCUGGUUUCUGACCUUAAUUGGACCCAUUUCUCUCUGUCAGUCUUUACCUUUCUUUCUCUCCCUUUCUCUCUCUCCCCCUCUUCUGUGUGACCAGGGCACGCCAGCCCUGUCUGGGUCCAGCAUUGCGGCUGACCUGCUGAAGGGCACCAUCACCAAGCUGGCCACAGAGGACCUGAGCAGCCCAGAGAAGGACCGGGAACAGCUGGCCAAGGGACACGUCAUCUACGAGGGCAAGAGUGGACACAUCCUUUCCUAUGACGGUAAUACAAAGCUCUGUUAGUGGUCACUCCAUGACUUGAUCCUCUUGUAAAUCUGAUAUGUUUCAGUGUAGGCUGUUACUUAUGGGACUUCAGAUUUAUACUACAGUACAGUAGUUUCUGGAAAUGUGCUGCAUUGCAUUGUGUAUGAGCCUAUUACUUUAUCCUGGGCAUUGGUUUACCCAUGGAGUUAGACAAUUGGGACAGUGAAAAUGAUACCCGUGUGCAUCUGAAGUCAGGCAUUCAUCAGCAUUUAUUGGUAGCAAUAAUUAGGUCUGCAUAUCUAAAUCUGCCUAAAUGAACGCAUAUAUUGUGUUCCUGUCUCCGUAGCCAUUAAGAACCCAAGAGAGGCCACGUGUAGCCCCAGGCCAGGCCAUGAGCUCAAACGCUCCCACGAUAUGAUGGAGUCCGCCAGAGGCCACACCGGGAGAGAAGGAGCCCCCUUCGAGGGUAAGGCGUGUGUGUGUGUGUAAGAGAGUGAAUUUUGUCUUCUACCCUAAUCUCUGCAUAUAUUUAGGCCACUAGGUGAUAGUGACUGACUGUGUGUGCGUGUGUGUGUGUGUGUGUUUGUCAGGGUUGAUAAUCCGAGCCCUGCCCAGAGAAAGUCCCCAUGGGGAGUCUAAGGAGAGGCCAAUGAUGACUGGAUCCAUCAUGCAAGGUAAUGAAGUUAUCAGGUGACAUCAUCGCAGCUACAAAGCUCAGAUGUACUGGAGCCAGAACCUGGCAGAUCAGAGAAUUAGACUGCAGACAGCUCCUAUGUAAAUCAUUAAAUUAAAUUCAGCAAAUAUGAUUUUUACUCUGCAAAUGUAACCCACAUUAAGCCAAGUUAAAAAAAAGUUUUAUUUAUUUUUCUCUUCCCACUCCAGGUACACCCAGAACCUCUGCAGAGGCCUAUGAGGAGAGCAUGAAGUACGGCAAGCAGAUAAAGAGGGAGAGCCCACCCAUCCGCUCAUUUGAGGGGGGGAUAGGUAAAGGUAAGCCCUAUGAGGGGGUGAACACCAUUAAGGAGAUGGGCCGCUCCAUCCACGAGAUCCCCCGUCAGGACCAGCCUGGACAGGACCCCCGCAAGACCCCCGACAUGGCUGCCAACAACCGAGCCGCCAUGGAGGGCUCCAUAUCCCAGGUAAGUGUGUGUGUGUUCUGCAUCUGUGUGCGUGUGUGAGGGAGAGCGCAUGUUUGUGUGUGUGUGUGUGUUUAGUGCGUGUAUCAGCCUCCUCUCCCUCUCUACCAGGGCCAUCCUCUGAGCCAGUCGGCCAUCAAGCACAACGUCAAGUCCCUGAUCACCAGUCCCAUUAGGCUGCCCCAGGGCCCCACCAUGCCCCAGUUGGAGGCAAUGGAGCGGGCCAAGUACGAGGAGAGCAAGGCGGCGGCGGAGCAGCAGCAACGGGCGCGCCACACUUCUGUGGUCAACUCAGCCACUUCCGUCCUGCGUUCCACGCACCAGGAGCAAGGCAAGUCCCAGCUCAGCCCGGGCAUGUACCAAGACACAGAUGCCCGCAGGACCCCGGUCAACUACAGCUCCAGCUCCAUGUCUAGAGGCUCGCCCAUGCUGGGCCGAGGACAGGAGGGUACGUCUUGUCUGACCUUCUCUCUCAAAGUCUUCACUUUCAAUUCAUAGAUUUUCUGUCAGAUGUAUUUGCACGAGGCCAUUUCAUUGUACAGCAAUCACUUCACAAGCAAUGAUGUGUGGCUUUAGAUCUUAUCAGUACAAUUUGCAAACAUUGAAAGCGUUGAACACAUUUAUGUUUUAUGGUUAUGUUUACUCUAUAGAUUUGUGUAAUUGUUAUUUCCCUCCCCUAUCCAGGCUCUGGGAAGCCUGCGUCCCACGACAGGAAGAGUGCCAUGACCCCCAAUCAGAGGGACAGUGUUCCAGCCAAGUCCCCUGUGUCAGGGGGUGACCCCAACCACCCUAUGGCCUCCCACAGCCCCUUCGACCCCCACCACCGCCCCAUGGCCCCUGGAGAGCCCCGCUUCCACCUGCCUCCACACCUAGACCCUGCCCUCUUCCACCGGGCCGUCCUGGACCCAGGUAGGACACACACACACACCCUGUUACCCUGACCUACCAAGCAUGGGUUCAAAUAGUAUUCUUUUUAUUUUUAAUUUUUUUGUGUGAGCCUGGCGCAAUGGAACCGAUGGAAUAGUCCCAAAAGUGCAAACUCUGCCCAUCUGGCACUCCAUGCAGGCUCAGUCAAAUGCUCAAAAGUAUUCAGGAAAAAAAGGAUACUAUAUGAACCUGGGCCAACCUCCAUGAACAACACAAUAGUAGACCUGAAUCCUGGAAUGAUAGACUGGGUAAACUGGGGUAGCUUUGUCAUUUUUCAUUCAUAGGCACUGAGUGUCCUGUCCAGUCUCAGGUUGAGUUCAUUGACGUCAGUAGAGAGUAAUCACCAUCUGUUCGCCUGCUGUUCAUAUUUUUGGUCUCUGUUUGUACCUCUCCUCUCCUCUUCCCCCUACAGCUGCGUACAUGUUCCCGAGGCAGCCGUCCCCGACGGGCUACCACAACACCUACCAGCUGUACACCAUGGAGAACACGAGGACAGACCAUCCUCAACGAUUAUAUCACCUCCCAGCAGAUGCAGGUUAUCCCACGGCCCGACGUUCCUAGGGGCCUGUCGCCACGGGAACAGCAACAGAUUGCCAUCUCUUAUCCUCCCGGAGCACGAGGUACUGGACUCUGACUGCUGUCUGUGUGUCCUUCUCUCACCUGAGGGAGGGAGGUAGGGAGGGGAGGGAGGGGUGAGGGGUAGUACGCAGUCUGUGUGCUUGUGAAUUAGUGGCUACCUUUUCCAGACGCCUAGAAGCAAAUGACCCUUACAAAUUGCCUCAUAUUGAUUUUGAAUUUUCUUUUAGUUUAUUAUCGCUGAUUUGUUAACGUAUAUUCUGGGCCUGCAGCUGACUACAGCUAAGACUCAAUUUUAUAAAUUGUUAAUUCAGACCUCUUCAAAUUGGUUUGUGUUGCUCACCUUUGGCCCUUUGCUUCUGUCUGUAAAAGGGAUUAUUGAUCUAGCCCAGAUGCCUCCAACUAUCCUGUUGCCUCACCCUGGGGGAACAGGUCCUCCCACUAUGGACCGCAUCACCUACAUCCCCGGAGCUCAACCCCCUUUCCCUCCUAGGCCUUUCAACCCAGCCUCCAUAUCUCCAGGUGAGGACCCCCCUGCCCCAACCCCAACCUGACCUUCCUGUUCCCUUACACCCCUCUUGUUCCUUUAUACCCCCCUCCUACCCUCAACCCCUGAAGCACUGCCCUGCUGCAGAGUGCUUCUGAACGUACCUGAACACACCUAUGGACCAGAUCUAAAUAAACACCUACUGCAGUAACUUCUCUACCCAAAAUCAGACGUUCAGUUUGCCUCAUUAAUUGGGAAAUGUAAAAAAGUACCAAAGUUAGUAACCAGAACAUCUCUGCUGUCUAUCCUAAUCAAUCAGGCAAGACACUCCUCUCUGUGUCGUCAGGCAUUCACAACAGCACUGUGUGCUUAAGGCGGCCCAACCACCCUUCUAACCCUCAGCGACUGUGCCCUAAGUAGAGACGGUGUGUAAACCUACUGUGUGUGUGUGUUGUCUGUUUCUUUGUGUCCACAGGCCACCAAGCCCACCUCGCAGCUACAGCAGCGGCCUGUCAGGAGCGAGAACGAGAGAGGGAGCGCGAAAGAGAAAGGGAGCGCGAUCGGGAGCAUCGAGAGAAAGAGAGGGAAAAGGAGCGAGAAAGGGAGCACAGGGAGAGGGAGAGAGAGAGGGAACAGGAGCACAGACAACGAGAGCGUGAGCGAGUGGUGGCUGCAGCGGUUGCCAAUGACUACAUGCGUGGAGGUGAGACUCAAUGCCAUUAUAUUGUAUAGCGCUGUACAAUGUCAUCAACAAUACAGUGCCAACUAGUUCAUAGUAGUUUAUUUUGAUAUAACCUGGCUGAACAAAUUCUCUCAGUUAAGGGAUUUUUAAUGUAGCCUGUCUUUUGGGAUAGUGGUGGAAUAGCCAUUUAUAAGCUUCCAACUUUGAAUUGCUCUUUUCUUUUUUAUGGAAGUCAGCUCUUGUUUGUUCCCCCAGGUCCAGGGCAGCCAGAUAGACCAGGUAGCCGUGGUUACCUGCGUAGCCCCUCCCCCUCUAUGAGGUCACAGGAAGCCCAGCAGCAGCGGCCCAGCAUCUUCCAAGGAGCCAACAGCAAGGGCGUCAUCACCCCUCUCAUGUGAGUCUAAGCCUGCUCCGCUCUGGCCUUGUAAGCCCUCACCCCACGUACACUCAGAGAGUGCGUGGGUACGUCAGGGAUUUUUCUACUAUUGAAAUCCGUGGGCGAGCUGCCAAAGCGUUGUUUCGGGACGCCCAAGUCCAAACAGGGUAAUUUUUUUUUAUUUUUUUAAUUCAUUUUCGGAAUGGAAAAAGCGCUUUCAGUGUAAACCAGAUAUAAAGUACUGUAUGUAGAAAAUAAUAAUGGGCUUAUAUAUAUUUUUUUUUAUAUAAUCUUUGAGAACUAACAAUUGCCAGAAUAAAAGCUAUACAGUUGGGAUAAUUUUUUUAUUCCAAAAACAAUGAAUUUAGCAGUAUUGAUUUUAUUAUUAUGUUUGAGAAAAAGAACACAGCAUUAGCCGUGGAAAGUAUAGAAUAGCAGAAGAUUUGCUUUUAAACUGCAACAUUUUCUCUCAGCUCCAUGGAGAAAUUUAUAGAAUUGCAGGAAAUUGGCUUAAAUAUUUCAACAUUUCUCUACACCGCCAAGAUGGGGGCCUCUAAAAUGAUCUAUAAAAUCCAGACGGGCUGACCACACCCAUUGCAACGCCCCCUGACACACCACGUCCCAUGCCCACCACCUAAGCCCCUUUUCGAUCCAGAAAAAAACCUGUACGUGUACUGUUAAACCAUUCUUAUGUGCACACUUUCAGUUGCAAUCCGCACCACAUGUCUGGAGCUUACUGGCCUGCACUAUGUUUUAGAAUGCUAUGCUGUUUGCAAUGAAAACCCCGUACAAGCUCACAUAACAUAACAGCCCUUCUACUCUUUACUCUCUGCCUUGUUUUACCACAAAAUAUAUAUAUAUUUUGUGGUAAAUACACACACACACUACUGUUCAAAAGUUUGGGGUCACUUAGAAAUGUCCUUGUUUUCGAAAGAAAAGCCAUUUUUUUGUCCAUUAAAAUAACAUCAGAUUGAUCCGAAAUACAGUGUAGACAUUGUUAAUGUUGUAAAUGGCUAUUGUAGCUGGAAACGACUGAUUUUUUUAUGGAAUAUCUACAUAGGCGUACAGAGGCCCAUUAUCAGCAACCAUCAUUCCUGUGUUCCAAUGGCACGUUGUGUUUGCUAAUCCAGGUUUAAUCAUUUUAAAAGGCUAAUUGAUCAUUAGAAAACCCUUUUGCAAUUAUGUUAGCACAGCUGAAAACUAUUCUUUAACUGCUGAUUAAAGAAGAAAUAAAACUGGCCUUCUUGAGACUAGUUGAGUAUCUGGAGCAUCAGCAAUUGUGGGUGUCGAUUACAGGCUCAAAAUGGCCAGAAACAAAGAACUUUCUUCUGAAACUCGUCAGUCUAUUCUUGUUCUGAGAAAUGAAGGCUAUUCCAUGUGAGAAAUUGCUGCCCUUCUAGGCAGAGUUGCAAAGAGAAAGCCAUAUCUCAGACUGGCCAAUAAAAAGAAAACAUUAGGAUGGGCAAAAGAACACAGACAAACUGUCAUAAACAAAUCUCACAAGUAUCUAGGGGGGGCGCGAGGGGUCAGCAGGGGGGGCACACAGGGUAGAAUGCACAAGGUGCCAUUUCGAAAUUGGGUAGUGCAUCAACAGUUCCUCUUGUCAUGUUAGUCAUUGCAUACCUUAGAGAGCUAUUUAUGACUGUCAGAAAUGUCCAGAACAACUAGCCCAUGUCAGCUAACGUUUUUUUAUUUAGGUUUUUUAGCCCAUAGAUAUUGUCAUUUUUGUCACUCAAAUAUCACAUGAAUACACAUUAGGCAUACCAAAAUGUAUAGAAUUCCAAGAAAAUGUGCUUUAAACUUCAAAACAAUAUUUGCACCCCAUGACAAGCUGUGUAGAAUUGCAGGAAAUAAGCUUUAAACCUGCUAAAUUCUCUCCACCAACAAGAGGGGUGUGAACAGUUUGUGUAAUGAACAGUGCUUUUUCCCAUAAAAAUAGAUGUGGCGCACACGCGCAGGGGGGGCCCAGGGAUGUUCCCCAAUGCUGCAAGGGGUCCCCGAGUGGAAAAAGUUUGGGAACCCCUGAUCUAAUCAACGCAACAUUGACAUUAUCCCACCCCUGUUUAGCCACUAUUGUCUUAAAAAGCCAAACCUAACACAGUAUCUGCUAAUUCAUUUCAAGCAAGAUUGCCCCAUUCUGUCUGGCGCGGUUAUCUAUCACUCCAUGUAUAGCCAGUUGAUGUGAUAACUGUCUUGUGGGUGGACAGAAAUGUUUUCCCCAAAACGUUCUCAAUUAAAUGUUAACUGCAAAGUAGGCUUACCUGGCAGAAGUAUAUCAUGAGGAAGUAUAUAAUUUGUAUCUAUUAUUUGUUAUUUGCAAACUUUGCCAUGAAUUGAGCAGCAGCAGUACAGAACCAUCGCUAGACAGGCACAUUAGACGCCACAUUCCUCACUCACUAGAUGCACAAUUAAAGGGUCAGAUGCGCAAUUAAAGGGGAAUUUUUACUAGGAUUAAAUGUCAGGAAUUGUGAAAAACUGAGUUUAAAUGUAUUUGGCUAAGGUGUAUGUAAACUUCCGACUUCAACUGUACACACAUACAUACAGAUAUAUAUACAACUCCUUAAGACUGUAGGAAAAGCAUUCCAGGUGAAGCUGGUUGAGAGAAUGCCAAGAGUGUGCAAAGCUGUCAUCAAGGCAAAGGGUGGCUAUUUGAAGAAUCUCAAAUAUAAAAUAUAUUUUGAUUUGUUUAACACUUUUUUGGUUACUACAUGAUUCCAUAUGUGUUAUUUCAUAGUUUUAAUGUCUUCACUAUUAUUCUACAAUGUAGAAAAUAGUAAAAACCCUUGAAUGAGUAGGUGUCUCCAAACUUUUGACUGGUUAUUUAUAUAUAUAUAUAUAUAUAUAUAUAUAUAUAUAUAUAUAUAUAUAUAUAUAUACAGUCAUGGCCAAAAUUGUUGGCACCCCUGAAAUUUUUCCAGAAAAUGAAGUAUUUCUCACAGAAAAGUAUUGAAAUUACACAUGUUUUGCUAUGCACAUGUUUAUUUCCUUUGUGUGUAUUGGAAUAACACAAAAAAAAACAGGAAAAAAGCAAAUUUGACAUAAUUUCACACAAAACUAAAAAAAUGGGCCGGACAAAGUUAUUGGCACCCUUUCAAAAUUGUGGAUAAAUAAGUUUGUUCCAAGCAUGUGAUGCUCCUUUAAACUCACCUGGGGCAAGUAACAGGUGUGGGCAAUCUAAAAAUCACACCUGAAAGCAGAUAAAAAGGAGAGAAGUUGACUCAGUCUUUGCAUUGUGUUUCUGUGUGUGCCACACUAAGCAUGGAGAACAGAAAGAGGAAAAGAGAACUGUCUGAGGACUUGAGAACCAAAAUUGUGGAAAAAUAUCAACAAUCUCAAGGUUACAAGUCCAUCUCCAGAGAUCUAGAUGUUCCUUUGUCCACAGUGCGCAACAUGAUCAAGAAGUUUGCAACCCAUGGCACUGUAGCUAAUCUCCCUGGACGUGGACGGAAGAGAAAAAUUGAUGAAAGGUUGCAACGCAGGAUAGUCCGGAUGGUGGAUAAGCAGCCCCAAACAAGUUCCAAAGAAAUUCAAGCUGUCCUGCAGGCUCAGGGUGCAUCAGUGUCAGCGCGAACUAUACGUCGAAAUUUGAAUGAAAUGAAACGCUAUGGCAGGAGACCCAGGAGGACCCCACUGCUGACACAGAGACAUAAAAAAGCAAGACUACAGUUUGCCAAAAUGUACAUGAGUAAGCCAAAUUCCUUCUGGGAGAACGUCUUAUGGACAGAUGAGACCAAGAUAGAGCUUUUUGGUAAAGCACAUCGUUCUACUGUUUACCGAAAAUGUAAUGAAGCCUUCAAAGAAAAGAACACAGUACCUACAGUCAAAUAUGGUGGAGGUUCAAAGAUGUUUUGGGGUUGUUUUGCUGCCUCUGGCACUGGGUGCCUUGACUGUGUGCAAGGCAUCAUGAAAUCUGAGGAUUACCAAAGGAUUUUGGGUCGCAAUGUAGGGCCCAGUGUCAGAAAGCUGGGUUUGCGUCCGAGAUCAUGGGUCUUCCAGCAGGACAAUGACCCCAAACAUACUUCAAAAAGCACCCAGAAAUGGAUGGCAACAAAGCGCUGGAGAGUUCUGAAGUGGCCAGCAAUGAGUCCAGAUCUUAAUCCCAUUGAACACCUGUGGAGAGAUCUUAAAAUUGCUGUUGGGAAAAGGCACCCAUCCAAUAUGAGAGACCUGGAGCAGUUUGCAAAAGAAGAGUGGUCCAAAAUUCCGGGUGAGAGGUGUAAGAAGCUUAUUGAUGGUUAUAGGAAGCGACUGAUUUCAGUUAUUUUUUCCAAAGGGUGUGCAACUAAAUAUUAAGUUAAGGGUGCCAAUCAUUUUGUCCGGCCCAUUUUUUGAGUUUUGUGUGAAAUUAUGUCAAAUUUGCUUUUUUCCUGUUUUUUUUGUGUUAUUCCAAUACACACAAAGGAAAUAAACAUGUGCAUAGCAAAACAUGUGUAAUUUCAAUACUUUUCUGUGAGAAAUACUUCAUUUUCUGGAAAAAUGUCAGGGGUGCCAACGAUUUUGGCCAUGACUGUAUAUAUAUAUAAAAACACAUAAUAUUAACCCUCAACUUCUCUCUGCCCCGUCCAGGCCGUCAGCAGCAGCAGCCCAGGCAGGAUCUCGUUACAGCACUGCAGCCGACGCCCUGGCUGCCCUGGUGGACGCUGCCGCCUCCGCCCCUCAGAUGGACGUCAACAAGGGCAAGGACUCCUCCAAGCACGAUCAAGACGACGAUAUGUCUUCAUCAUCAUCAUCCCCUGUGGCGGUGACCAGGCGGCAGCACGAGCAGCAGCAGGAGGCAGACAGGCGCUCCAUGCAGUCUCCCUACAUGUCUCUGCCAGGGGGGAAACCCCACCCAGGAUACGCUGAGGGUCCCGGUGGUCCCCAGGGGAGCAAGGACAAGGGUCCCCCCACCAAGUCACGCAUCGAGGAGGAGCUGAGGACCAGAGGAAAGACCACCAUCACGGCCGCCAACUUCAUCGACGUCAUCAUCAAGCGUCAGAUCGCCUCGGACAAGGACUCACGGGAGAGAGGCUCCCAGAGCUCCGAUUCCUCCAGCAGCUGUGAGUCUUCCACAUAGAACAACAUAGAACAGGGAACAGUAUAUAACAUUGACACUAUAUACAGAAACAAAUAGGAUGGAGCCAGUACUGUAAUACUGCUAGGGUGGGUGGACACCUGGAUAUAGAUUUGGUUCGCGUUUUAAUUCCCAGCAUUUCUAAUAUGUAAGACUUAACAACAUAGCAAAUAACAAAAAAAUUGAAAAUGAUAAUAUCUCCUCGUAUGUCAGUGAGAGGGUUGUUUUCAAUGUGUGUGUGUCCCUCCCCGGCCCUGCAGUGUCAUCCAGUCGGUAUGAGGUCCCCAGUGGAGGAGCCAUCGAGGUGAUUAGCCCAGCCAACUCUCCAGCCCAGGCCCAGCAGGAGAAGCAGCAGCAGGACGACAGGGAGAGGGCCGACAGGGACAGGGCCGCACAGGCAGCAUCACAAGGUAAGAAGAAAGCAUUAUAUACCGUGAGCCGUUCAAUAAUAGGAUGUCUUCUCAGUGCUGGUUUAGCUUGCCAAGUAGCAGAUUAAGCUUGCCAAGUACCUCAACUCCUCCACGGAGCACAUACUACAGUUUUUUUCAAUUAACCUCUGACAUACUUUUAAUAAAACAUUAAUCAAAUACAACCACCGACUGUUUCCUUGUUGAGAUUCAAUUGGCACAUGCACAUUCGCGCUGAGUUGCCAUCUUAGAGCAACAGCAAUGAGGAAACAGUCAGUGGUGUGUCUCCCGAGAACGACCCUGACAAGCCCAGAGCUAGGUACAAAAACAGCUCUUGACCAAGCCAGCCUGUUUAGUAGGGUACACCAUAGCAAAUGGAGAACAAAAACAUGUGUUCUUAUUUGAGAGAGGACAAACAUGGGUACACAGUUAGUGUUUAAGAAUUUACAUUUUUGAAGUAUCGUCGCAUAGCGAGUCGGAUGUUCAUUAAAAAAACUCUAGUCUGUGCUCAACCUACGCGGAGGAGUUCAGCUACUUGGCAAAUAUUAAGCCUGCACCUGGACUGAAAAGCUUACUCAAUGGCGAAUCUCCAUGGAAAGUGCAUUUUAGUCAAGGACCAGGCUUAAUGUGUCUUGGAAACUGGCCCUUGCUGACUGGUAAAGCUCUAUAGAUGUCAUAUGGAGACUUGAAGUAUUCUCUUGAAGCUCUCAAGCUCUCUCUUUCUCAAGUACUGGUUUCCUUAUGCAAUGUUUAAGUUACCUAACAUGUCCCGAAUGACUCCUCAGCCCAGUAACCUUGUCAGCUAAGUACGACAGAUAGAGCAGACGACACCAUUCCAUUCCCCACAAGCUCCCAUCUGGUCACCAGACCGCUCCACAAGCUAUUUCUGUCCACUGGAGGCAAAUGUAUCUCAGCUGCUGUUGACAUAUAGUACAGUGCUACCCCUCCUUCCACCCUCCCCAAUAUAUCACCCUCUCCUCCCUUCCCAUAUAUCACCCUCUACUCUCUCCGACAUUUCUCUACCCUCCCUCCUCCCUCCCCAACUCAGUCUGCUAACUGUGUGUGUGUGUUAUCCUCACUCAGCAGCUGGCAUGCGUCCCUUCGACAUGAGCCGCUACCGACAGUCAGCGGAGUCACAGCAGCCCCCCUCCUCCCAGGCUGACGGAGGGUACUCCCAGUCCCAGCAGGUCCCCAAGACCCACCGGGUCAUGACCCUGGCUGACCACAUCUCGGUAAGACACACUGGUAGCUUUCCACGGUUGCAUGCCAUAUCAUUGCCUGCGCAGUCGGGCAUCAGAUUGCAAUAUCAUAUUUUGUGGUUAGCUGAUAUUAAACAUCUAUCCAGGCGUGAGUUCUGGCAGGCAACUGCAAUGUUGUCAGCCUGGAACACACCCACUGACUGAAGCAGACCCCAAUGACUUGUUCAUUCAUAGCCCUUUUUAACUGGGUUCCUAAGGCAAACAAUCCAUGUACUGUGUAACCAAUACAAAUGCCUUUACCAACAAUUAAUGUACAGUAUGCCUCCUAUACCACUUUUUGUUGAGUGAUGAUAUCUUGAGUGAUCCAUCGACUGAACUGCAAAUGAUGAUCUCAACAACUCUGACAACAGCCUCUACUAGACAACUUUAGAUACAAACAUUUAAGAGUAGAGACUGAAAAUGUAUAUAUGCCUCCAAGUAAUAACAUCUCCCUGAUCUGUCUGUCCCCUUGUCCUCUCCUCUUUCUCCUUUAUAGCAUAUCAUCACCCAGGACUUUGCCAGGAACCAGGACCCUCCUCAGUCCUCCACCACAUUCCAGAGCGCCCAGCUGCCAGUAUCUAGCUCGGGCCGUGCCAAGGGCCACAGCCGCUACAGCCCAGAGAACCAGACCCAAGCCCCAUCACACCACCAGAGACCCACACCCAGCAGAGUGUCUCCGGAGAACGCCCCUGACAAGCCCAGAGCCAGGUACAGCAACAGUGAACAAAAACCUAUGUUCUUAUUUGACAAGUUCAGGUUGUACCUCCAUGCAAAACAUUUUCUCCCUAAUGAACAUAAACCUGGUGGUGCACCCCUGUCCAUUCCAUCAAAUUCUCACUUUUCCCUCUCUUCCUCUUUCCCUCCCCCAGACCUGGUAAAUCCCCUGAUCGGGGUGGCAGGGGGGCGGUGGAGAGCUAUGAGCCCAUCUCCCCUCCCCAGAGCUAUCAGGAUAAACAACAGGAGACCAGAGAGCAGCAGCAGCAACAACCCCAGAGACGAGAGGCUGACCAGCCUGAGAUGAGGUGUGUAGGACUGGCAUAUCUUCUUAAGUAGUGGGCGCACUCACAUUUCUUUAUGUUCACCUAACGCACACUUGUCAAACUCAUUCUACAGAGGGCCGAGUGUCUGCGGGUUUUCGCUCCUCCCUUGUACUUGAUCGAUGAAUUAAGAUCUCUAAUUAGUAAGGAACACCCCACACCUGGUUAUCUAGGGCUUAAUUGGAAAUAAAAAACAAAAACCUGCUGACACUAGGCCCUCCAUGGAAUGACACCCCUGACCUAACGGAACUUUCAAUUAUAUCACUAGACACAUUUGUAUGUUUCGGUCUUUAAGUUGACAAACCGAAAAGCAUGACACCGAUUUAUUUUGUAUGUCUACGUGCAUUUGUGCGUGUGGAUACUGGAUACAUUCAGUGCCAUUGGACAGAAUGUGCCUUGUGGGCAGCUGCGACCCGUUUGGCAUGCUAACAGAGUGGAAACUGGGGAGAGGUGCCAGUGGCACGCUAGCCUAAUCAGCCCUCUGCUGCCUGACUCUUAACCUCGUGGUGGCCUUUCUCUGGUUACAGGGGUGACUCUCGCUCCCCUGGCAGUGUCAGCUACCUGCCCUCCUUCUUCACCAAGCUGGAGAACACCUCCCCUAUGGUGAAAUCCAAGAAGCAGGAGAUAUUUCGCAAGUUAAACUCCUCUGGUGUCGGGGAUUCUGAUGUUGGUAAGUCGCCUCUCUUCUUAUCUUCCUUGCACUAACAUCAUUUAAGAAAGCAUUCCAAGAUGGAAAAAAUAUAACAUUUGAUGGAACUCAAUUCACACUGUAUUUUUAUUCAUUUCAAGGAUAUUUUCUGUGCAUUGCACUCAUUUCUUAUUUAACAACGGAAAACAUUGUAAUAGGAAGAAAUACUGUAAAACGACUAACUCUGUCUUUUAGCAUCAUUUUAGUUUGCAGUCAGACAUUUUGUUUGCUAACUGAACUAUGCUAUUGUUUCUCCUUUCAGGAAAUGCACAACCAGGCACAGAGAUCUUCAAUUUGCCCGCUGUGACCAGCUCAAGUGAAUAUAAACAUAUCUAACACCAUAGGAUCCUAUUAUAUCACCAUAUACUCAUAUUCAAACAUACUAGAAUCAUUUAAACCAGCCAAAAAUGUCAUGAAAUAAAUUGCAUACCCUAAUGAACAUGACCGUGAUGGCUGUUCCAUGUCUUCCCCCUCAUCCUGUGUGCGUGUUUGGCCCUCCAGGCAGCGUGAACCCCAGGAACCACUCCUUCAGCGACCCGGCCAGUAACCUGGGCCUGGAGGACAUAAUCCGGAAGGCCCUGAUGGGCAACCUGGAAGAAAGGCCAGAGGAGCACCAGGGAGGGCCUCAGCCCAGCUCUAACACCCCCAGCAAUGAGGCCCGCCAGGAGGCCAACCCCUCACCUAGCAUGGGUCAGUGGCAAACAACCACACACAGCAGACUGAAACCACUAUACAGGAGUAAACAUACACAUUUAUGUGUUUACAUACACACACCACACUCACACACUCAUUUUAACCCUGUCUGUCUCUAAAGGUCCAUUGGAAUAGUGUACUUUGUAGGGUGUCCAAUCAAAAAUAUUUUGACAAAUGGGUAAAAUAAUGUUAAUUGUGUAGAUACUCAGAAAACCAAUGGUCUCUAUCAUAAUCGGUUCAAAGGUUAUGAGGAGUUUUUCUUACCCUUUGUAGGGUGGCCAAGAUUAGGGUGACUAAAGCCCUAUUCACAUGGGACUAGUAUUACUAUACAACAUCAGUUAUGUAAUUAUUACCCCAGCAUGUUUGUUUUUCCAGUGGAUGAUUCAGAGGAGAUUAGUUUUACCACACUGCCCCUGUAAUUGACCGUUAUGACAGAAGCUUGGAGGCUCUUCUAGGUGUGAAGAUAUUUCAAAUGUCCUUAAAUUCGGAGAAUGUCAAAAUAAUAAUGCAAAUCAAUAAGAACCAUGAACUGUAACCUAUGCAGACAUUUAAUUACCUGACCUAUUUGGCAAUUUAUCAAUUCAUUGGUACAAUAUCGUCCACUUCAUCUUUUUAAAGGAGAAGUAAGGCACUAGGAAAGUUGAUAUGACAAAACAGAUCAUUCACAUGUAGGCUACGUGCAUAGCACUUUGUUUUAAGCAUCAAUGUGUUCCCAUGUUCUUACCCAAACUGGGUGCUGCACCUGUUCAACUCCGUAAUAUCCCUCAAAACACAGGGAUGACGAUUCGCACGGGAUUUGUAUUAUCAGAGGACCUUUGCGUUUGCCGAAAAACAGUAGGUUUUUAGGGCUGGGAUAAUAACCUUCCUGCCAAGUGAAAAUUACUGACAUGGCAGAUUCGGACGGAACUAAAAUGAUGGAUGUGGUGAUUUGUGCUCGUGCACAUAAUUACAUUACCUGAGUUCCCCCAGUAAAAUGUAUCCUGUCUGAAUUGGGCUUAAAUCAAUGGAGGCCAGAGAAAAAAAGUUGUAAAAUAUCUGGAAAAUAGUAUUUGCGUCAGCUAGGCUGGAUGCUGUGAGAGAAUUAAGGCAAACUGACAGGCUCACCGUUGAACUCGUUAUCUUUCUUCUCGAAUCCGUAGGACAUAAAACAAUAUAGAGGUAAGAUCGAUUUUGAGACAUGACAUAUAUAGAAUGUUCAUAUUUUAGUGUACGCUUUUCAUAUUAAUGCGAAAUUCUUGUUAUUUUUUUUAAAGGAUUUCUCAAAAACAAGCGUAUCUCUGUGAAAUGUCAACGGAGCACUGAGCGUACCGCAAGCUUUUUAUUUUCAAAGCCUUUUACAUUUAAUUCAGCUCGUUAUGUUAAUUUUGCUUUUUGCGACCCGCGGAAACAACUGCAGAAGACCAUCGCAACAUGUAAAAUCCUCAAAAGUCGCUCGGUGGUUAUUGUCGGAUGUGUUAGGUUACGAAAUCCUACUUUUUGGAUAUAAUGUUCAUGAUAUGUUCGAGAAGGAUGCCACUGAACGAUGCAGAACAUGAAGAAUCAUAUUUGUAUUGGUAAAAUGUAUUUUAUAACAUAAGGAAGUGAAAUUUCAUCACCAAAGCACGUUUUCACCAACUCUGGGCAGUGGGUGGACACCCACCAUUUUGAGAUUUGGAACAAGCUCUCUAGAAUAGUCACAACUCAACACAUUUACACACACACCCACCACAUAUGCUGCUGCCAUACUGUUAUUGUACUAUUAUUAUUAUUUAUCCUGCUACCAGUCACUUUCUCCUAAUCCCUGCCUACAUGUACAUAUCCACCUUGAAUACGCCAGUAUCCCUGCACAUUGUAAAUGUGGUAUUGGCACUGACCCUGUAUAUAGCUUUCUCUUCUAGUUAUUGAAUACUGCACUGUUGGAUAGGGUGCAAGUUAAGCAUUUCACUGUACUUGUGCAAAUAAAACUUGAACUUAUUGCUAACACAACAGGCAAGCAGAAACUGCAGAGCAAAGCCAACAGCCGGAAGUCCAAGUCGCCCAACCCAGGCCAGGCAUAUGCAGCAGGAGGGGAGCGGCCCUCGUCAGUGUCCUCCGUCCACUCAGAGGGAGACUACCACCGACAGGCCCCGGGCUGGGCCUGGGAGGACCGGCCCUCGUCCACAGGUAGGACCCAAGAACCGUUUAAACUCUGGGUCUCUGUUUGUCUGUGUACACAAUAUCACAUUAACAGCCACACAGGAAUUCAGAAAUCAGGAUUUUCUAAAUAAGAAAAAUCCCUCUAAAGACUAUCCUGUCUCACUUCUCUCUCCAGGCUCUAUGCAGUUCCCCUAUAACCCCCUGACCAUGCGCAUGCUGAGCAGCACACCCCCCACCUCCAUGGCCUCCCCCUCCAUGCAGGCCCAGCAGCCCCCACCAGGAGGCCCUCCGGGGUGCCAGCAGCAGCAGCGUGUGUGGGAGCGGGAGCCCCUACUGUCGGAGCAGUAUGAGACCUUGUCAGACAGCGACGACUGAGCCCUGCCACUAGAGCCCUACCUGCCCCUCAUCCCACCUCAGAGGAAGGGCAGGCCUCUCAGUACAGGCCCGCCUGCCCACCCCCUCCCCCCAAAACAAGCCUCACUCACUGGUGCUGAAUGAGUGUGGGGAGAACAGG